ACGGCAGAUGUUUCACCACCGGGACACUCUGUCUCCGCACACUUUAUCUGAAGUCCUCCGAGUUUUUUUCCCCGGCGUAGGCGUGCGUUAACUUGCACUCCUGUCUUUUUAAAAGUUAUCAGAGGAAGGAGAGGACGAAGGAGAGAAGUAGAAGAAGGGAAAAAAAAGUGGGCUCCCUCUUCAAACCGUCCCGGUUUUUACCGGGGAGUUGUCGUCAUCAGCACCCCAGACAUCUCCCCCCUUUGCUCCCUAAAUGGAUGGGGCAGUCUUGAUCUCUGCAGUUCAGCACAGGCCAAAAGAUUGGAAACAACUUGUGAAUAUCCGAGAGUUUGGCGUCUAGAGGGAAAAGCUCAGAAAUGCCCGGCUGCCUCGCUGGAGCUAAACUCUGAGGACUUCUCUCCUGCAUUUGUGCCUUUUUGUCAGGAGGAAGGGCUCUGCUCAGAGUUUACAACAGAAAGGAAAAGUCAGCGCUGAAGUGGCAGCUUUCACACUCCAGCCCUCGCUAUGGAUUGUGUGUAUUUAUUAAUGUGCUUUUCAUUAAGUCAGCUAUUUUUGGAUCCAAUUUUCGCUGCAGAAACGCAAGGUGAGCUAUCUAUUUUCUUCCUAACUUUUGCACAGUGUUUACAAAUGCACUCAAGUAUGAUUUUGUGUAACUGUUAGGGAUGAUAUAAAUUAAGGAGCUAUUUUUAAAGAAAUGUUAACUUAAGUCUGACAGCCUCACUGCUCUGGGCAAUGUCAGCACUGAGAGUUGACCUCUGAUAUAGGACUUUUGCUUAUUUAAAAGAGAACUUGAACUGUCAUUUAAGUGCUUUGUACAGUUAUAUACAUAACAAUAAGUUAAGUUAAUUCCUGUAUGAUACAGCAUGUACUUUAAUCUAACUUUACCACUGUUACUGAAGACUCAUUUCCAUAGGAACUUGUCAUUGCUCUGUGAAUGUGCCUCUCACUUGACACUGUCUGUCCCAUCAGAAAAACUCUCUGGAAAGUUAAGUGAAUAUGGUCUUAUCGUGCCAUUCAGCACAGACUCCCAUGGCCGCUACAUUUCUCACGUGGUCUCUGCUGGAAGUGGAAGUAAAAGUGAUGCCGCCGCUGCUACUGCUGCUGAUGCAGCCUCCUCAAACUUUGGCAGUAGAAGAAGAAGGGUGGCCCGCGGUGCCCCCAAGAUGCCCUCAGUCACCCCUGCCUCUACUCAGCACUUGUUUUUCAACGUCACUGUUUUUGGGAAAGAACUGCACCUUCGACUGCGGGCUAACAGGAGGCUGGUGGCCCCGGGGGCCUUCGUGGAAUGGCAGGAGGACUUUGUGGAGAAGGCGAAGGAGCGUAUCCAUGGGGACUGUGUUUUCACAGGGGAUGUGAGUGACAUGCCAGAGGCCUCUGUGGCUAUCAGCAACUGUGACGGACUGGUAAGCCACCAAUGCACCCUUCACUUAUCAGUCACACUGAGAGAAAUGAAGCCAAAAUAUACUUUUAUUGGCUCUCAGACAUUAAGGAAUUGUUUUUGAUUGGCUUUUAUUUGUUCAUACUUAGAGAGUCCUUGACAGUGGCCACUUAACAUACUUCAGAACCCGAGCUUGCACAUGCAUCUCAGUCUUACAUAACAGACCAUUAAAACUUGCACCCCUGGCUCUAAUUGGAGCAGUAAAAAAAAAAACAACAUUGGUUAAGUUUGCAUGCUGUGAAACCAACACAGUGAGCUGAGAGACGCAGAAGUGUUCUGCAGGAUCAGGUAGUCAUUCUCAAAGAGUUGAGUGACAUGAUUGAACUCUUUCACAUUAGAAAUUUUAUCCUUUUUUUUGUAUAAAUAAGAUAUCCAUCUAGACUCUCCGUGCAAAGAUUAAGGGGCGGGACCAUCAGAGCGUUUAGACGGACACCAGAGCAUUGGAUUUUGUGGUAUUAUGGCUCAAGAAGAGUCCUUAGAUGUUUUGAAACCUUGCAAAGGAAAACCUGCCAACCAGUGGAAACUGACUUGGAUCCAGGCGUAAAUAUAAAGUGAAAGAAAACCAAAAACAUUUCAAGCAAACCUCUCAAGCCUACAGAAGCUGAGUGGUUGAUUGCACAGAAUUUAGAGUGGAAUAUCUCUGUGAACAGCUGCUCGAAGCAUCCUUCACGUUGGCUCGGUGUCAGUAAUGGUUUUCAAAUCCUAUCAAGGUAAAAAAUCAUUCACAAGGCAAGGCUACGAUCCAAGCAGACCUGCAUUUCAUCCCAAGCAUUGUGUCUCCUCUAUGACUGCUAAUCUAUUCAUCACUCUCCUUAAGGGCAGUCAUUUGGUCGUGCUGUGAUAGAGCAGACCGCUGGGAGGUGAGCUAAGCCACUAAUGGAUGUUUGCAGUCGAGCAAAUUAGAGUGAAUUUUCAAACGUGCAUAUGACAUUUGAAUUGGCAGGUUGACCAGAGCGAGGCUACUCUUUAGUUUUUCCGAGACAGGUCUCUGAGUUGUUGUGACAGAAAUAACGCAUGGAAUGGGAGGGGAGAUAACCUUUUGACCCUGGAGCUCUCCGAAUGAGACAGAUACACAAAUGCUCAAAGUUACAAGUCCUUUAAUUAUGACACACUUUGACACUUAGAGGGGGAAGAACUUUUUUGAUAUGCAUACUUGGCUGUAAUGACAAGUCUUUUGGCUGGAUUUUCCACAAGCCUACAGUCAAGCGUCUGGAUAUGUUUGUUUGGACAGCUGAGAGAUUUAUGUUGCACCGGCUCGACAGGAAAAGACAAUGUACAUCUCUUUUUUUUCCAUCUCUGCGGAUUAUAUCAUCACUGCUUCUUCUCCUGUCUUUCAAUUUCUUGGUAUUAAUAAGCAAACUGUGCUGAGAGGUCAGAAAAAUGGCCUGAGCAGAUACCACAGAGUCAUUUCAUUUAUCUUAAUGUAAUAACAGUGAGUGGUCUGUGUGAACAAUGCCAUGCUGUGUCUAAUCACUAGUAAUUUCCUGAAAGGCUUGUGUGUGUGUGUGUGUGUGUGUGUCCUUCAGUGACUGGAAGCCAAAAGUGACAUAGUGGCUCCUUGGUGCACCAAGAAGCACAAUGCUGGAUUCAGCUCACAAUAUGGUAUUUAGAGUGUGUUUUACAAUCCUUGGUGCACAAUUCUUAUCUUUUUGUAGUGUUGUUUCAAUAAAAAAGGCAAUAAUGAGUAUAAAAACAUGGAUUUAAGAGAGGGGAAAAAACAGCCCUCCAACAAAUGCAAAAGACGUUUGACAGCAGUCUGAUGUUUGUUUUGUGUUGCUAGUCCUGGUUCUGGUAGAUUUUGUGCUUCUAAACCUUCAGGGUUAAAAAAGAUUAAGCUUCUGCAAAAGAUUCUGUAAACUGCAGAUCCUCAAAUGGCCACAUGACACUCUAGUAGGGAUGAUUUUCUAUCACUUAUGCUGUCAUGUUAUUUGAAGUGUCAUGUAACAUUAGUAGUAGAUAAAACUCUAGUCUAUACAUUUACAGGUUCAAAAAUUCUAUUGCAUUAGCCCGACUGAAACUGGACUUUUCAAAAACAUGUUAACAUGUUAGCUGAUUAUCAUGUUAGCUGUUAACAUACCUAAAUGAUGCAGCUUGGGAUUGAUUUUCUAUUCCAUUUAAAUGGCUCAAUCUGACUGAAACUAGCCCAACCAUUUUGCAUAUGCACAGGAGUUAGCAUGCCAAUUUAGUUGUUCUGCAUUAGCGUCUCGGUCUGAUCGUAAAUGUUCUUCCUUGAGCUGCGAAACUCCGCUGCAGUCAGAGAUCGACUCGUCAGGGCUCCCCCCACAAACAAGCGGCUGCUGGAGGAGAGUGGGGGAGUUCUUAGCUAAAGAAACCAGGCAAAGCUAAAAAGAUGUUACUAAAGUUGGUAUAUCUAGAGAAGCAAGCAGUCUGCAACAUUCAUCUCUCGAGGGGGGCUGUUACGGUGUGUUUGACCCUAACUUAUUUUUACCCCUGAAUAUCCCUUCGAUGCUCACCGCUCAGUGAAGCAGAAGUUUCACAGAAUAACUUUCGUGACCUUGUAGAAUUAGUGCUUAUUAAAAUGCUGUUGGUGGAUAAGGCUGUAUGGAGGCUAUUUCUCCUGCUACAUCUGCUUUGAGGUCAAUGAAAAGGACCUAUGGGGGAAAAAAUUGUGUAUGACUUGCAGACAUAAUGAAGAAUCGUAUGGGAUUGCAGAGUGGGUCAUAUGAGAGUAACAAGUCCCAUACAUUUGCAUUAUUCACUGUGAUAAUAGGGUUUCACUGAAACGGAACGACUUUGAUUGGCUUUUGAGCGCACACAUGUCGUUUCACGACAAACUCAAUUUAAUCUUCAUAUAAAUGUGAUUUUCCAGUACACCAUUCCAGUUGUUCUGAUAUGACAAAGAAUUAUCUAUUUCACACGUAGGAGCUCAUCCAUAAUGUGAUCGUCUCAGUCAGCCAAGAAGAAUUUUUAUCAAAGACGAGACUGAAAUACCUGAAAUACAAACAGUUUAUCCCUCAAUAACUCUGGUGUUGAUAGAAAACCUUUCUUGCGUUGUGGAAUGGUAAGUUGUUUUUUUAUCGCGCCUAUUGAGCACUUGUAGACUUGCAGAUCUUUGCAGACACACAGAUAUUGGUAUGCCAGGUUUGUUCAGAGCCUGAGUUUGUGGAGAAAGAAGGACAACAAAUGAUGAAUCAACAGAGUGAGACAGAACUUCAAAGUCUAGUCCCAAUAUCUGAAAGCAAGCGUUAAGUUUUUAAAGCAACUGUUUCUAAACUUCAUGGCUUUUUUCAGGUUGGCAACUCACUACUUGACUUUAAAUCUUCACUGAUUUCAAAACCACCAGAGGUAACACACAAGGACAGUUCUGAGUUGUUUUUAAUGUCGAAAAUCUUUGAACACUCAUACUUGAAUACUCCAUUAGACUGCUGAAACCACACACUUAAAGUUUGUGGUAAUGUGAUGAUUCCACAGACUGUCACAGAAUCACACACGCCUUUUCCUUGUCAGCUUUUGCACUGGUGUUGUUGCCACGAAUCCACGGGCUGAUCCUCUUUUUCAGACCAAGUUUUUGAGCUGUAAAAGAAGGCAAUGUUCGGUUUGUAACGCUUUGUAGGGAGUCGGAGCUGGAAUCACAAGGGUUAAACAUGCUUGAUAUUUAGAGUCCCAAGUUUGCUGUCCUCUGACUUGAUCCCCAGAUUAGAUCUAAGAUCAUCUAGUGUGUGGCUAGCUUUUUAAAAACCUUACCUUUCACUUUUAAUGUGACUUGAAUGUCUAAAACAAACUUGUCAAAAUGAGUUUUUGUUUCAGCAUUCAACGUGUUCGAAAUGCAAUAUUUGACUAGAUGGGAAACCAGUUUUUAUUACUCUCUUUGCUCGAUGUUUAAUAGAAGUUUUAUUGCUUCAAUCUGUUAAUGUUGACUCAAACAAAUAUUCGUCUCUGAAGCUGUUAGCAGUGCAAACAACCUUUAGUCUUUUAUUAUGUGUCGGGGGGAAUGUAACUCCUCUCUUUGUGAAGUUAAAGUUUGUAAUUAAUACAAGCCAGUUGUUGUAUUUUGUCUGCGUCUGUGUGCGAUGUGCCUGAAGUCAUCAUUCAGAGUCUGCUGCUGUCACACACUUUAGAAUAUUGUCCAUGCGUUUCCUUGCAUCAAAGCCAACAUAAACAAAGGCCUGCCUGUGCAUGCAGAGGUGUCUGAGAAGCAUUUGAAGAUGAACAGACCGCCAGCAAGCAAAUUAUUUAGUCUAAAGUGUCUGCUUGAUGCAAGGACAUGGAGGAGAUCUUUUCUGAUGAUGAAAGGCAGAGUGAAAAAGAAAUAAGGACAUAAAUCAUGUGUGGAGGUCACCUCAUGCGGGCCACAUCUCUAAGACUCAUUGUGCUGCACUUUAUUUCAUCUUUCAUAGACGUAGAUGUUAAUCACAAAUGCGAGGCCUCUGUUGUGUCGUUUCCUAACAUCACGCGCAUCCGUGAAAAGAAAGUGCUCGCUCUUAAGGAGCACAUCGGCUUUUCUGUCGCCACAUGCCGGUAAAAAUAGAUAUUAUCCUCCAGUGGUUUGCUAUAGGUUCCUUUUGUGCUAUGUUGACAAACUAGCUUUCAUGCAUGCUCAUGGCCUACCGGGAAUUGUUUUGCACAACAUCCCCAGCUUCUGUUUUUUCUAGCAUUGUGAGUAGCACACAUUUUUCACAUAUUUCACAGUGAUUGGUGAUUGAAGGUAUAUUGUAUGUCUUUUUAGUGAAAUACUCUCACAUGUUUGUUUGUCCUGCACAAAUACAAGGUUAACCGAGAAAAACUGUCUCAGACCAUUAUCUAAAUUUCCUUUGUUUCCCUCCCUAUGACUGUUCUCUGCAGCAGAGACGCUCCCACAGAGAUUCCCAAUAGCAAAGCAUGACAUCACCAGAAACAGAUUACGUUAACCGAGUCUCCUGCCAUGUGCCUGAAGGCGCCAGAUUUAUGGCAUUCCAGGCUCAUGACAGAUGAGACAUGCAAACAGUAAAGCUGCGUAUUAAUCUGAUAUCUUUUGGAUAUAUUUGGUCUCACGGUUCCACAAGACUGCCAGCUGUGGCUGCAGGGAAUGACACAGUUUGUUUGAUUGACCUGUCUGGGAUGUCUUCCUCUCCUGCUAGAUGACAACAGCUGUGCACUCCAGACAAGCAUGAUCUAUUGUUGUGGAGCUAUGAGCGAUAACUAUGAUUAUACCAGUGCUGCUCAUGUGAUGGGAAUCAGGACAGAUGAGGGGCUGAUUGAAUUACAUGUGUGAUGGAAACACAAGUGCCAGACAAGCCCCCGUCUGAAGAGUUACUAUUUCUGUGCGCAUCAGUUAAAAAGAGAGAGCCAACCCUAGCAACAGUCAGCCCUGCUCUUUUGAGGGGUGGGGGUGCAGUUUUCCACUCCUUGUAGAUGGAAAAUGCUUGCCUAGAUUGUUCUAUUCAUAAAAGUUUGAAGGGAAUGCUGUAUGGGGCUGGUCCUGAUCCAGUAUUCCAGGAUCCUCUGGUAUCCCAGGACUCUGCUGGCACGAAGGUAAAGUCACUAAAUUAAGAGCUCCAUCGGUGGAAGCUCCACGACUCGGCCAAUAACAUGAUUGAUUGCAUUUGAUCUUUAUUUGCAGACACUUGAACAUGUCUAUCCUAAUAUGUGCCCAUUCAGAUACACUCGAACAAAAGGUUGCAUACCUGCACAUACACAGACAUGCCUGCACACAGUCAUGGCCAUAAUGCUAUAAAUGAAUGGACUGGAAUGGAUUAAUGCAACUUUUUCCUUCUACCUUCAUUAUGUCUAGUACCACUGCUAUUCUCCUUGGCUUGAAGUACACUCACUAUAAAGUUUCUAUAUUUUUCACCACUGCAGCUGCUGCUACUACCCCUCCUCUCAUCACGUACACUACUUUUCCCAAAGUCUUCUUCUGCCGUUGAAGUAUUACAACCACUCUACUACAUCUGUGACUCUUCUCACUAUUUCUACUUUCCAUACCAUGGCGAUGUGUUAACAUUAUUACAACUGGAAGCCAUACUUUCUCUUCAUCACUCCUACUUUUUUUUUUUCCUCUGCUGCUUUUUUCUUCUCACCCUCUUUCUCUUUCUUUUUGUCCCGUUUUGGUCUCCACCUUCUCUUCGUCUUUAUCUUCUGCUUCAUCUUCUUCCUUUUUGAUCAUCGUAUUUGUGUCCCUCUCACCUCCCGGUACUUCUAAAUCUUAUUUUCUCUUUUGUAUUUCUCUUCCACUUCAUUCAGUACUCUUACAUUUUGUUUAAUGGACUCAGAUUUUUUGGACCAACAUACCCAGACAAUACAGUCGGGGAUCCAUUUUCUCUUGCAUGUGCACACGACAAUAGAAGAAAGGAUAUAAAAAUAGUUACAGCUGUUGUAUUCUGCACACAAAAGACUCGCCAUGAUGUUUUCGCCAUUUGACGUACAACCUGGUUACCUCUCAUGAUGUUGAUGGUUGCUUUGUUAUGUGACGUAUGUAAUGUAGAGCUUUCUUUAGUCAACAGAUCACUGCUCAAGGACAGUAGAUUGGUUAAAUCACCCACUUCGACUCUAGCUUGACUUAACUGCAUGUAAACAUUCUUCAUUUCUCUUUGUCCUCUGCUUUCUUUGUCUGUAACGUCUCUCUUCUCCCAAUCAUCUUCUUUCAUCUCAACAUCUCAACAUUUCAUCUUCUUUUCUCAACAACUCUGUCUGCUGAUAUUACACCUUCAGCUACUUCUGCUGCUGUUAAUAAUAGUAUGUGUUGGGUUACCUAAUAACAGUUACCUAAACACGAAAGAACUGAUCUUGCUGGGAGAUAAAUCCUAAUUAAUUCUUUCUUCUUUGAUAUUUCUCAAGUGCAGGUAAAAGCAUUUUAAUAAGUCCAAUCUUAUUAAUUCUCGUCCUGAUCACCAGCCGCGCCUGACCUUUGUGGCCCAGGCACCGUAAGAUGCGAAAGCUGAUAAAAAGGAAUCAGGUGGUAAUCUCCCACUACCACAAGCUGUCACAUACGAUUAUUCCCAGCCUGCGACUCUGCUGAGUCUAGCACCACUCAGCUAUGAUUUACUCCCCCGGCUUAUCGAUCUGCCUGGUGUUACCACAAAAGCUCUACUUCAGCACCACCAACAUGUCCGUGGCUGCUCGAAACACUCUUAACUGAUCCUGUCGUGCCAAAGAUGACGAUUUUCUCAGGCAGAGAGUUAAUUUGUAAUGUAAAAUGAACACCAGUAGGUAACCUCUUUUGACCUUUUAGUCUACAUCUCUUGUGUACGGCUCAACAAAGAACAUGCCUGGGACCAUGUGCUUUGUUUUUUAAUCAAUGUGCCACAAAUUGUAGGUCAAGCCCCUGGAAUGAAGCCCGGACUUUGAUUUUCUUGCACGUUGCAGCUCAAACAUCUGUAGCUUGUAGCAGCUGCUCCAUCUCUGAGUCAUGGUAGUGGCUUAACAAAUAUAGCCUUCGGUUUGCCUCAGUGGGUCAAACAAAAACACCACGGAGCUUUAAUGAUGCCCCCCACACUCUUAGGAUUUUCUUCUUGGGCAGCGUCAUUUAAAAUUACUAAAAAUUGUCAAUUUGUGAAUUGAGAAUCUGACUAAUUAAUCUGAGCUGCCUAAGAAACAAGCAUACAGUCUCUAAUACCAGACACUGCAAGUUAUUUUGGAUCAUUUUUGUCAAGUUUCUUGCCUCUUAGGAAAUAUAAGGGCUGCUAUACCUAAUUAGAGAAAGUUUCGAGGAUCAAAUGUGAGAUAGGAUUUGAUUUACAAUCAGUAUUUCCUGAGGCGAUUAUUUUCCAAGUUGUUCAAAUCUAAAUUUAAAUUCCCACUAAAAGAGUCAAAAUAAGCACCGUCUAUUGAACAGGACUAACCGCAGGAUCAUGGAGUCUGUGAGUAAAGGACAACAAGUUGGUUGGCGAGUGAGGCUAUUGUUAGCAUUGAUGGUGCCACCAGCUCUCAGUCCUCCUUGCAGGAUUCACACCCACAUGCCUUUGCUGGUUAUGUAUUGCUUUUGUAAAGUGGUUGUAUAGCACUUUAACCAGGCACCACCUCCAAACAACUCUAUUAAUUUCCUACAUUCAAAUACAGUGGAUGUAGAUUGUGGGAGUAGAGCAUUAUGGCUUUAAUGCCUUAAUGCAGUGGCAAGUGUUGCUGGCUUGGACAAAAUUAUGACUGUCAGUUAAAGCCUAAAAUAAAAAUAACAGUUUCUUUUUAGUAAUUCUUGUGCCAACUAAUCAGGGUUUAAUCAGUAAUUGACUCAACAUGAGCACAAACCCUUAAUAGAUUAAAACUUAAGUUUCCAGCAGUGAUGUGAUUUUCACUGUUCCUUGUCUCUGUGUUUGUGCUGAACUGAGCUGAAAAAAGUCACCCUGAAUUACAUACAGUAAAUAUCCGCCUCCAGAGUUGCUCUUACCAACGUGUGGAAUUUGGUGCAAUGGUGAGCUUAAGGUUUUGCUGUAUUUCACUUUUCCUUUUUGAAACACCCACCCACUCCUUUUGGCUUCUUGGGUUUUUCUCUGUAGGGGUAAGAAAGAAAUUGUGCAGCCAGCUGAGUGAAAGCAACACACCCCAGCUGCAGAACUGGAAUAUUGAACUUUAAAACCGUGAACCUUGUGUGUCUGUCCAGUACCAGAGAGCUGAUGGAGCGCCCAGUCUGUUACCUCCUGUAUCUAGAAAGUACAUAAAAUGGUUAACCAAGCGUUGGCAGUAUGUGAUUUGUUCUUACAUGCAGCUCUAUUCAGUUAAAGGGUUCAACUAGCCAGAUUGCUUUAGUGCAUGACACAAUAUUGGUGUGACCUCAACUAACGGUAAAUACGCAUUCAACUUAAAUAAAACUGCAAAGAUAAAACAGAUUCAGAUUAAUCGGGCCAAUAAAAGCUUUAUAAACUAUACUACAGCCAGUCAGUAGGGGGAGCUCUUUAAGUUUUGGCUUCACUUUUAGGGAGCUAUUAUGCUGCCCAUCUUAUUAUACAGUAAAGAUGAGACCCAGAUAUGAUAUUUAAUCUUCCUGGUGGAAAAAAGCAAGUGCGAUUAGCUGUGAAGAGAGUUCUCUUAAAGGGUUUCUACAGCCAUGACUCGUCAACUUGAAUAAACACAUCACCUUCAACCUGAGAGCUAACAUCCGUUUAGAAGCUCAUAAUGACCCAGUCUAUAAAAGGAAUGUCCUCAUCAUUAUUCACCAUCUGAUUAAUUGCUGAUAGGAAUCUCGGUCUAAGUGAAGCUAAAACUGCUGGUUAUGUCGUCAAUUUUGAAGGAAUUCUUCUAUAAAUGCAGAUAUAUGCACAUACAAAUCACCCUGAGUGGUGAAUGGAUGUGAAAUAUUUCAUGUAAAUUCAUCCUGUAAAGCUGUGGAGAUGUUUUACUAUUUUGGUGGACCUUCUAAACUCUAACAUUACCUUCCCAGGAGCAUGACUAAGAUGUGCUUUGUCCUGAAAUGACUUGGAGGUCCUCAUCUCUGGGUUUUGCUUCAGAUUCUACAAACACACUUGAGCAAGCUGGGCUGAAGUAUUUGAUUGGUGGGGCUUGUUAAGGUUAGUAAGCGCCACACAGGGCUGGAAAAACAGCUUUGGUUACAUGUUUUUGGUCACCUCUGCAUUUUGAUUCCUAACUGUGUAACAUUUUAAAUGGCGAGCUCUAUGUGCCAAAAUCUAGCUACUUAUUUUGUCUGAGUGACAGAUAUUCAGUGCACAGCGAUAGUUAUCUCAGGAAAGACAUAAUCCUUUUCAAAAUAAUCAACUAUCAUUUGUGUCAAGAAAAAUUUCAGGUUUAGAAACAAGUAAACUGCUUUUUAGACAUUUGUGGACUGAACUAAAAUAAAGGCUUUAAAAAAAAAAAAACCAAUAGCUUUAUGUCCCCUCUUGACUCCUGACAGCAAACUGCCACCUUUCCCCCUCCCAGAAUUCCCCAUGCAGUGUGCACAUGUUUACAUUUGGUUCCUCAGUAGGCCCUUCCAGAUGCUGUCUCUCUCUCUCUCUCUCUCUUUCUUUCUCUCUUUCUUUCUCUUUCUCUCUCUCUCUCACACACAUACAGAGCCGGCUUCACUUUCCUCUCCCCGCUGAAAUAAGAGACCACAGAGGAAGUAUUCGAGCAUGUCUUACUUGGCAUUUCCUGGUCAGGGGCUGGACAGAUUCUUUCACUCCUCUUUGCUCUUGCUGUCACAAGUCAAGCCUUCACUUCACAGCCUCUGUGUUGUUAGCCUCGAGUGUCAGCGCUGGAAGGAUUUGAGAGGGUUUCUUUUUAUAAAAGUUCAACGAAUUCUGGGCUGCACUGUUUUUAGACUUAUUUUUGCUGCGGGAAACACAAACAGUUCUUCCCAGAGUCAUGUUGAUGCACCCGCUUUGCAAAAUUACAGACUGAAUAGAUUUCUUUAACCAAGGAUACAAGAAUGACUUGUUCUCUCCAGGAUUGUUGGAAAAUGCAGCUCGGCUCAUUGAACUUCAUAGGAAGACAGAUUCAGAUCUAGUUUGGUUCCUUAGAUGCGAGCUUUGUUUGACAUUGCUCAUGGUGUGACAGGAAACAUGAGGAAACAAUGUCCUCUGGAUGGACAUGAACAGAUUGUCCUGAACAGGGUCCAUCAUCAGCUCCAAAACUUGAAUAAAAGGAUUUAAAAAAAUAAAAGAUAAAGAUGUGAACUUUCUUAGUGUCAGGACAGAUUUUCCUUUUUUGUGUUUAUGUACGGGUCACAUGUUUAUAUGUGACUCCAGGUUGCUCUGGGGUGUGAUAUUAUAUGUAUUUCUUGGGCCUUGUUCAAGCUGUUAACCUAGAUUUCUAUUUUGGUUGAUCUAAAUUGUAACCAGAUAUUUUAAAAGUCUGGGCAACAAAAUUAUUAUUUUAUUUUUGUUUGAAAUCAGAUCAAAACCUGCUGUGUAGUCGUUAGCGAGUUGGCCUCUGUUCUUUGGCUCAAACAAGUGUAUCAGAGCUGCUGUAACGACUGCAGGAUAGCAAUACACAGCGGUCUGAGGAGCCAUAAACAAACCUCAACCAAAAAGCCACUCUAUAGCCACAGAUAAAGCUCAGAGCAGCAUCUAACUUCAUCAACAGUACAUAUAGGGUCCCAGCCACAGCACUAACCACCGAUCUUUUUAACUUUACCUAAUUUCUUUAGCAAAGAGACCAAACACAACUCACCUACUCUCUUCCAGCAGCUGCUUGUUUGUAGCGAGACCUCAGGCCAGUCCAUUAUGGACUGUGGUGGGGUGACGCAGUUCAAGGAAGAACAUUUAUGAUCAUUUCUUCAUGGCAAUGCAAUCAGACCGAGACAUGAAGGCGAAAGAACUACUGCGUCUGCAGUGCAAAAUGAUUAUUAUGAUGAUUAUUACUUCAAGGAAAUGUUAAAGAAAUGAUCAUAAACGUUCCUCCUUGAGCUGUGUCACCCCCGCAGCAGUCCGUAAUGGACUCAUCUGAGGUCUCGCUAAAACAAGCAGCUGCUGGAAGAGAGAAGGUGAGUUGUGUUUAGUCUCUUUGCUAGAGAAAUCGGGCAAAGUUAAAAAGAUGUUUGGUGGCUAGUGCUAUGGCUGAGACCCUCUAUGUACUGUUGAUGAAGUUAGGUGCUGUUCUGAGCAUUAUUUGUGGCUAUAGAGUGGCGUUUUGGUUGAGGUUUGUUUAUGGCUCCUCAGACCGCUGUGUAUUGCUAUCGUGCGGUCGUUACUAAAGUUGGUAUAAACUAGAGAAGCAAGUGGUCGCCGACAUUCAUCUCUCGACAGGGUGUCUAACUCUGUGUUACGGUGUGUUCGACCCUAAAUUAACUUUACGCCUUAAUAUCCCUUUAAAGGAGAAACUUAACAGGGAAACUUUUAAUUUAUUAAUCUCCAUUUCUCAGGUGUUUUGUUUUUGAAAGCUGCAUUACCAACAUUUGCUGUAACUGCAGCUCACCUUGUUAUAAAACAAACCUCAGGAUGACAGAACAUACAAAACAAGUCUGAUCACUCAAAGUAACAAUGCAGAUCGUAUGUCUUAAGAUCUGUUUCGGGAAACUAAACUGCAGUCGGAACAAGCCCAAGUGUCAACUCUGAUUUACGGGUUGCCAGAUAUUGAGAAGUAAAGCUUUGGAAAAUGCAGAUGGUUAUUAUGCAGGCAUCCAAGCAUGAGUCCAGCUGGGUGUUAAACAAGGACACUCUUUUGUUUACUGAAGCUUAAAGAUAUGUGUUACAUCAGAUGAAAAAAAAAAAAGAUAUUUAAGCUGGCGGGGAAUCUCUUUGCCAUCACAGAAACCAGAGAAAGUAUCACAAAUCUCUGAGGAAGAAACUUUAAAUUAUGGUGACUAAAAGCAAAAAAGAAAAGCAUGUGAAAAUUAAAUGUAAAUUUUCUAUAUAUUGCACCACACUUUUGCAGUAACAUUGUUAGAACUGUGGAGUUUAUACUCUGGUUUUGUAGCUUCCCCUGAUUUUCUGCUUGAAAGCGGUGGAGCAAAGGUUUUUUAGAUUCUUUUAACAACAUAAAGGAGAUGGAAACAUAUGGCAGACGUUGCUUCUAAUCAUCUCACUCAGGGUAAAAUCAUGUGGACACACUAUAAAUCUUAGUGAAGGAAUUGAAGGGCCCCAAAUUGUGUCUACCUGCGUCAUUCUCCAUACCAAACCCUUCUCAAAAAUCUUCCAAUUGAUCAGGCACACUAUAAUUACUGCCUGCAGUGGAAUUACCGGCCCUUUACAGGAGGAGGGGGUGCGCUAAUUGAAGCCCUCUUUUUUUUUUUUCCAGGCAGGUCUGAUCCGGACUGAUAAUGGAGAGUUUUUCAUCGAGCCCCUGGAGAAAGGUCAGCAGGAUGUGGAAGUGAAGGGGCGUGUACAUGUGGUCUACCGCAGGUCGGCCAUCAAGCGGGAGUCGGGCCAGAGGAGAGAGGACCUCCACAAUGAAGGUAGGCGAGGAGUAGCAGCUUGACGUCAGUGGAAACAAAAAGCACUGUGUGUGUGUUUGGGCUGCAUGUGAGCAUGUGGGUGUGCACAUGUGAGUUAGGGCAGAUGUGUUUGUGCACUGGAGGUUCAAAGUUGCAGGAACUAUUUAAAGAAAACUCAACUCAGGUCACCAACACAUGAAAUGGACUGAAGUGCAUUUGGCGAAGAGAAGACCAGGGAAAAAAUCUGAAUUGGAAUGAUGACGUGGCUUCAUGUCAUGUGGUCCUUUUAUUAUGACUGAAUCUCUAUGAAGUGGAGUUUAAUUGUAACCUAGACUUCUAUUCUUUUGUCUGCUUUUCAGACAUCCAAUGAUUUCCAGUCUUUUUGGUAUAACAACCUCUACUUCUAUCGGCAUACCAAAAAGCACUGCAUUUCUCUAUGUUUAAUUUUUCAUUUUAACAUUAAAAAAGGGACUAUUUACUGUAUUUAAAGGCCACUUAUGCAACUGUGCUGUCACCUAAAAGUCGAAGCAGCACUUAAGUAUCUUUCAGCUCCGUGUUCUGUUUUACUUUUCUUUAGUUUACUCUCACUUUUAGCAUCCUAACCUUAUCUGUGGUUGGAGUAGGCACAUGGACUUUGUUUACACUGGUUAUAUCAGACAGAUAUGUAUAAAACUGGUGUAUAAAACAGACUGAAAAUGACAGAGGAACCACUUAUUUUUAGUUCACUUUAGGCUUUUAAUGCUUUUAUUUUGAAGAUACAUCAGUGGACAGACCUGGAAACUGGGAAGCGACAUGCAGUAGAGGGCCGUUGGUUGGAAUUGAACCCAAGUCGCCUGCUGUUGCUCAAUUUAAACACUAACCCGACCACAUAUUUUACCCAAGAGGGGGUGGAGACCAAAAACAGAGCCACGAGAAGAGUCAUUAUUAUGAAUGAAUAAAUACUAGCCUGGCGUCAUCAGACCAAUUCACCUUGGGGAAUGAACAGCAGAACCAGUGUUUUCUAAAGCAUUUGGUAGAGUGAGUCUUACUGGUAGUUCUGAGGUCUCAGUGAGGAGUUGUUGGUGGUGGUGGUGGUGGUUGGGCGGGUCACUUUAGCUGACAAACAACCAAUCUCUAUCCUGCAUUCCUGUCUCAUUUCUCUCUCACUUAAACAACGGCUGACGUCUCGAGUGAAAAAUCUGUUUCUUGCUUAUCUACUUCAUUUUGUCAAUGCAGCUCUGUGAUGUUAGAUUAGCAGCCAGGUUUUGUGUGUUUUCCACAAGAGCAAGCAGAAACUGAAAUGAAUUUUGAGAAGUGAAAUCGUCUUUUACAACUGAAUGACACUGAAUAAUUAUUUCGAUAACUGCUUAUUUAAAAAGAUUCAGUAAUUGUUGAACCCUAUCAUCGAUCUAGUUUUCAAUUUAACUCGAAUGAUUUGUCCUUCAGAAAUGCCUUUUUUUUCCUACGCUGUGCCUUUGAAAGUCAACUCAACCAACAAUAGAAUUAAAUUGAAUCUCCAAUAUGAAAUCAUGUGGAGUCUUUUGCAGAUUUAAGAGCUUCAUCCCCUCUAUUGGUCUGUUUAUUGGUUUAUUGGUUAUGUCAGCUCAAAGCCUGAAACUUUUGAUGAACUGCUGUUUGAAAAACAAUUGGUGCGUACUUGAAAAGUGUCCCAGUAACAUGUCUGUUUUAUUUCAUGUGUAGAUGCAGAUUACAAAAACGAGUUUUGUCUACUCUUGAUCGGUUCAGUCAGGGUUAUCCUCUCUUUGAAAACUUUCUCUUUACUGCCUCUGAGCUUUUUCUCCCACUUUAACAAUUCAGCUCUCUGCCUAUUGAACGAUUCUUCGAACUUGUGCUUAACCCUUCUUCUUUUUGAGCUCUGACUUAUUUCAUUUUGUUGCAUGUAUUUAAUCACACGGUGUCUGCUGCUUUUGUAAAAUCCAAAUGUGCACGUUUUGUCCUUCAUGGAGUGUUUUAACCCUGAUGGCUUCAGAAAGCCUUCAAACUUAACUUAAGAAGAGCUUCACAUUAACAAGAAACAGCUUAAAGGCGUAAUGACAGGAGGGGAUGUUUUGUGAAGUUGGUACAACUCCUCAAGGAUCUUUCGAUGCGCACACACAAGUCAGAGCAAAAGUGAAGUAGAAAUGCUCUUCUAACUCUUAGAACCUGAAAAACAACUCUCUAAAGGAAGUAUUUUGGCUAGAAAUCAAGAUUGAAGUAAAAGUUGUUUUAAUACCAAGAAGUGUUUCACUUAUGGAUUAAAAGUGAUAAGAUUUGAUUAAUACAAAUACCAUAAUCAAUUCUGCAUAUUGAUCCAGUUCUUUAGUUUCACCUUUAUCAAUUUGCACAUUUUGGUCCCCUGCAGUUUUAACGGUCUGAAAGCAAUGUUACUUUACGCUAUAGCAAACCAAUACGUGUCAGGCACUAGGUCCAAACGGCAGCUUAAGCCGGAAACUGGUUUCCCUCGGUUUGGACCGCCCACAAGAUCCUUGAAUGGCUCUGUCGCGGGGCCGCUUUUUGUGGGUGAUUGGCUAUCCCUGCUGUCAGUCAUUUAAUGCCGGCCAGACGACUGUAUUGCAAGUUGCUUGUAAGAGUCAGUCCGUGAAUAUCGCUAUUCGCUCAUUCACUAUUUGCCAAUGUAAGUUUACAGGAGGGUGGCGUUCAUUUUGACAUUAAUUGGAGGUUUUAUUUACAUCCCUGUAUCGGGUUUAUACUAUCAUGCUGGCCAUAUUGCCUCCUCCGUUACUGUGUGUGUGAGAUGGGCUGUUUGCUAGGCUAUAUGUAAAGAAAUCUGAGCUAAACAUCGAUGUUUGAAUCCCCCCCACCUUUGAAAUCAAAAUUUUGUCCACGGACAUGACCCUAUGUAAUUGAAGUUGGUUUGGACAAUGCUCUGAUGUGGCAGAAACACACAGAGUUUAUCACCAGAAAGUUGCCGGUCUCACAAAGAUAGUGGAUUUUAUAGUAAUUUGAUACAUUGUUCUGUUCUAUUUUUAGGGCUGAUAUUAGAAGAACAAUAACACAUUGCAUAAAACAGUUGUUGGACCUCUCCUGUCCACUGUCAUUUGCACUGACUUCCUUGCACAAUGCAUGUUUUGCACUUGCAAAGUGUAAGACACACAAAAGGGAGAAUUCUUGUGCAUUAAGGCAAAUGGUGCAUUAGUAGUUGGAACUGGUUCUCAUCUGUUCUUGAUUUCUAUCCCUAGUUGCACUAUCUGCAUCCAAAAUAGUCUGAAGUUGCCAAGUGUCAGCUGCUGCACCAAUCUGAUACACAGCCAAACACUCCCAAAUUUAACUGGAGUCAGGCAAAUCAUGGUGUGUCAGUAAGACAUAACAGCUUGGAGUAAGCACAGAGUGUAAUCAAUGUUGCUGAAAAUAUUCACAUUUUCAUUUCACUGGAAUUAGAGCAUCCAGAAUCUGCCAUUACACAAAACGAGGCUUCAGAAUCAGUACUGAACAGGAAAAAAAACAGUAUCUAAACAACUUGUUGGUCCAAUAAUCCCAAAGAAGUGUUCCUGUGCAUAUCUGAAUAUAUUUGUGUCAAGUUGACUCUGUUAUCUAUCACAUACCGGAAAUAAGAAGAGAGGAAAAAGCCUUGACUCCUAUUUCUCAUUUGCUGUUUGUUAUUUUUUUUUUGCAGUCGCAGACUUUGGGAUCGCGAGCCUCCCUGCGUCUCUGGAUCUCGUCGAACAGAAGCUGUCUGAGUCUGAGCGCAAGAGGAGGCACGCCAAGAAGGACGACUACAAUAUCGAGGUGCUGCUGGCUGUGGACGACUCUGUGGUGCGCUUCCACGGCAAGGAGCACGUGCAGAAUUAUGUCCUCACGCUUAUGAACAUAGUAAGUGGACUUUAAAAAUAUGCACAACUUAUGACACAAUUAACUUUGAAUGUCCAUGGCUGCAAGCAAGUUUCAAUAUGAGGGUUAUUUUGUGCUUUUAGGACAUCAAGACAUCAUAAGAUGUUGAUUUUUAAACAAGUUUUAUAGUGUGUUCAAAUCACUGAUGACGUCUGAAAUUGGCCUUUCCUGCUGCCACAGUUUGCAUUUAUUACAAUUAGUUGACCCAAGAUUACAUUUUUACCAUUUCCUCUCUUGGAUUAGAUAUUACCACACUUUUCAUCAGACUUCCACUGUCUUUAGCUGUUAGAGGAUCAGUUGUUUGCUUUGAAUAUCAUAGAAUUGCUUUUUAAAAGUCUGCAGAUAGUAAACAAUUUGAGGUGGCAUGUUGCAGAUGUUAGUUUAUUUCAAAAGAUAGUUAUAUACUCUGUUAUCAGAGUCUGAUGAGGCAUGUUUUCCACUCUCUCCCUGCUCAUAGUGGACUCUACAUGACUUCUCACCAUCCGUUGUUACUGUAUGGAUUUAAAAAUGUCAAUAAAAUAUAGAAAUGUGGGUUUAAGAUGUCAGUACCACAGAGUGAAUCUGACCUGUAAAGACAUUUUUCCCCUUGGUCCACCACACUUGUCCCCAGACCCUCGCUGUCUCUGGCUGUUUAUGGAUUACCAGAUGAGAGGAAAAAGAAACUCUCAGCUAAUUCAUUACGGGUUCCACCAGCUCCUACCACCAUAAUCUGCUUACUGGACCCAAAUCCCCCAAGUCAGAUUUUCACAGGGUGCUGGUUUCACUCUGUAACAGUUACCAUUUGGACCCUGCAUGGUGGUCUGAUUAGCUGCACUAGACCAAUUAGAAAACGGAGUGGGAGCUGUAUUGGUCCGGCGUGGAAACCAGCACCAGGCUCACUCAAACCCCUCUGACAUGGUUUUUGACAUAUUUGUUUAAUAAGAAUAUUCGAUUUACAAUCUAUCGAAAACUGUCUUUGGGAGGGAAAAAUGUCUGUUUUUUUUGACAACUUGAACUGACUGUGCUUGAGUGGCUGUGAGAGCUGGCUCUGUAAUUGUCCAUCAUCAAUGUCAAGGGCUCUUCAGUGAGCACUUAAGUUGUUCAAAUCUGGCAGAGGAAUUCAAUAUGUGGAUAUAAUUACCCGAAUCUAAAAGUGGAAUAAGAAGUUGAAGUUCUUGGGGGAAGAAAUCGUAUUUCUCAUCUCUUUGAGUGGACCCAGACAAGAGAAAUGUGGCAAAGUUUGAACAAACGAGGGUCUUAAGUGUUUAGUUCCACAAGUAAGCCUCAGGCUUGCUGUGUCUGAAAGAGCUCUGCCCAUUCAAAUCCCUCUGAAUCCCUGCUCCGUGGCUGCAGAAUGUGUAGUACCACCUGGAGAAACUCUCCCUGAGGGAUUGAUUACUGAACAUCCAGUCUGCGUGAAGCCAAGGUGACUGCUGCGCUGCCUGCCGCACAAUAGGCGUGUUGUUCGACCAGGUUUUUGUGUCCACGUCGAUGCGAUGCUGCGCACGAGCCAGGGACACCUAGGGCCUGUAGCUCACAGCUGCUACUCUCAUUUUGAAGCCCAUUCCAGCUCCAUGUGUGAGAGUGUGUGAGAGUGUGUGCCGUUUCUGGCGUUUCAAUUAUCCCAGCCUAUGUGAGGUUAGCCCGUCCCACAGCAGGACUCACCGAAAUGCUUCAAAAACAGGUCUAGAGCAAAGACCUGAUCCCUGUCAGGAAAAAAUAUACAAGCUCAGCGCACACAAAAGUUGUCAUAUAACUUUUAUGAUGUUAGUUUUUGAUGCCGUCCUCAUUUUCAGCAGCUUCUCCAAGUCAGGUCCAACAUAAGCACACGUAUAUGGGUCAUUAUAGGCCGGCUGAGGAAUUUGAGCUUGUAACAAAUCUGGGAGAAUCUGGGGUCACUCUGGUGCUCUUUACAGCAUUUAUUGACCUGAAUAGGCUUCUGUGAAUGGAAUAUUUGCUUAAAUACCCUGGGUGUAACCCUGCGUCCUCGAGCAAAUUUGGACUGAAGCCAAGAAAGGCUUUCUUCAUUGACAGAGCUUUUGUUCUGCACGGUCAUAAUUUCUGGCCCGAGAAGGCUGAGUGACACAUACGCACAUACACGCUUGUUUGUUUUUUGAGCAAAGGGAAGCUCAGUGAAUCUCGUGGAAGUGUCUGUAUUUUAUUAUCCCGCUCAAAGACAGAAACAGGAAAAGCCUGAAAGAGACAAGACAUUCCUCAGGUUUAGAUUAAUGAGGAGGCCUGGGUGUGACUUUCCCUGAAGGUCUCUGCAUCACGAUCAGCUUGCAGGGUUUGGGCUUUUGGAGAUGACUUCUGAAUGAUUUACCUGACUGCUAAAAGACAGACACUGAUUUAUUUACCCAUCAGGAGCUCAGAAUUCAUUUUUGUUAAACAUCUAAUGCAGGAAAUGUAGAGAGGUGAGAGUGGGGUGUGUUAUGCGUCAAAGUCAAACCCAUGAGUGCUAGACUGGAGACUAUAACCUCUCUAUGUAUGGGGCUUGUGCUUCAACCGCUAAACUAACCCAUUACUCCAUGAAAUGUGAACCACUGAUAUUGUGCUUAAACCAAGUAUACCGCAAUACCAUAUAAGUUUGGUUCAUGUUAGGGGGCAGUAGCGGUUCUCUACGCUGUUUGCCACCUGGCAGAGACUUUUCAAACUGAUGUUUAGGGGUUUAUUUUAGAUCCAAAGACAACAUCAGAGCUUGUGCCUCUGUUUGGAUGCUAAUGUAGGGUGACCAUACGUCCUCUUUUACCUGGACAUGUCCUCUUUUUGGGGGACUGUCUUGUCCGGCUUUGUCCGGGGGGAGUUUAUAAAAUCCUUCAAAUGUCCAGGGUUUCGUAUGGAAGUUUCGAGUGUGUGUCAUGUGGACUUACUGAGGAAGAAUUGUGUAAAAGACGCUCGAUCCGACCCGAAAACUCUCCUGCUCCAACACACCUGAUUCAAAUGAUUAGCUCGUUAUUACAGAGCUUGAUAACGAGCUGAUCAUUUGAUUCAGGUGUGUUGGAGCAGGGAAACAUCCAAGACAUGCAGGACAGUGGGGGCUCGAGGACUGGAUUGAGAACCACUGCCCUGAAGCCUAUAGUUUCAAAUUUCAAAAUAAAAGCAUUUCAAACAAAAGACAGUUAAAAUUGUCAAAAUAAAAGCAACAAAGACAGUUGUUUUAAUGAGGAAAUAAUGUCUCAGGAUGAUGAAACAAAUAGUACAUACUUUAAUUUCUUUAAAAACAGAUGAUAUGUGAGUAAGCCUCUUGUGUAUUUCAAUGUCUUUCAUAUGAUUUUAUUUAUUUUUUGUUUUAAUAAAUACUAAAAUAAAACUUUAAAAUAAAAAAAUAUAUGCUAGAAAUAAACUUUAAACUUUAAGUAAAAAUAAAUAAAUAAAUAGAUAAGAAAUAAAAUAUGUUAGUAAGCCUCUUGUGUAUUUCAAUGUCUUUCAUAUAAUUUUAUUUAUUUAUUUUUUAAAUUAAUAAUAAAAUAAAACUUUAAAAUAAAAAAAUAUGCUAGUAAUAAACUUUAAAUAAACUUUAAAUAAAAAUAAUAAAUAAAUAGAUAAAAAAUAAAAUAUGUUAGUAAGCCUCUUGUGUAUUUCAGUGUCUUUUAUCUGACAGAGGACUUUGAGAACAGCCGAGAACAUCUAAAUAAAGAUCCUCAGCUCUUUCAUUUAGUUUUCUUUAGGAGAGCAGAAAUAAUGAGCUGCUGUGUAGGAAUGAAGAUUUUUUUUUUUUAAUCAAGCCGAGCAACACUCGUAGGUACAACUGCAGCGUUAACAGCAGCAUCGACCUUCACUCCAGGGCUUUUGUGUAUUAUCUGUGUCCGGAGACGCCAAUUAAUCCAUGACCUUUAGUGGAUCAGUGUUGCGUGUUGUUGAGCGUGUGGGAGAUCAAGGAAAAAGGGGAGUAACAGAGCAGCGGUUAGUUUUAGCUCUCGGCAGAUUUGUUGAACAUCGAGUUCAUUUGUGAAGUAAUUAAACGCCUCUAGUGUGAGAAAAUGAGACUUUUUUUUUAAGAGUUUCAAUUUUACUGUGUUGAUUUUACACUGGAAAUGUGGUGCUCUCAUUUUUUUUUAUUUGGUCAGCCUGCAGCAAACAUAAUUAUGCAUUUUUCUUUAAAUAAAUGAAUAAGUUUAUUGCUUCUUAAUUUCACAGGGAAAAGUUUAGAGAUAUAUUUCAAAUGGAUUUAAUUAGAUAUUUGAAAUGUGCAUCUUGUGUUGGUCAGAGACAGUCUCAAGAGUCUUUUUUCCGUACGCAAAGGAUCAGUCAGCGAGAGCGGAGGUACAGGUCCGGCAGGCAAAGUCAAGAACGAGAUCAGAAUACUGGGUCAAAACAUGAGGAAACUAACAGGAGAAAAGGCUGGAUAUAUCAACCAGGGGAAGCGAUAAUCUGGCAGGGAAAUGAGGGAACACCAGGGUUUAAGAAGGGAAGGGGAGUGAGGCUAACAAGACACAGGUGCAACACAUUAGGGAGGUAACCGGUGAUCAACGGUGAGGGAGGCAGCACAACAGGAACUGAAAGAGAUGAGAGACAUGGGUUAACAAAAUAAAAACAAGAAACUCAGAAAUAAUAGAUUCACAUGACAGAUACUGACAGGUGGAGAUAUAUUUCAAAUUUAUAACAACGUUUAAAAUCGUUUCCACCUCCUUAUGCAAAACUGUGCAUUAGAUAACCGCUGACAUUUUAUGCUGGUGAUGAUGUUUUAAGCCACCAUCUGCACAGUUUAAACAAGCUGCCUCUCUUUCAAACACAUUUCUAACAUACUCUCUUAGUACAGUCAACAGCAGGAUGUCAUCUUGUGUUAAGCCUGAAGCAGAUGCUCAUGUUUAUGGAAAGUACAGAGUCUCCUGUCGUUGUGUUUGCUGCAUUUCUGUCACUGUUCCUUCUCUUCCCUGCUAAUCUGGUGCACACUGCACUGCAAUUGUAAACAGAGCUGUCAAUCAUGGAAUCUUACUUCAUUUUAAUUGUAUUAAUAAAAUAAACAAAACUUAACCUCUUAUGCAAAUGAACAAUUCGGCACAAAUCAGCAUGAUGAAAAUUUACACUGGUGGGAAAACAGGCCUGAAAAAUAUAACUUGUGUUUUGACUGUAAAGUCUUCGUCACAGAUGGUCUUCUUUCCUUUUGUUAAAAAAAAAAAAAAUUGAAAAAAGAAAUGAAUAUGAAUUUCAGUCAACAAACUCCUUAGUGGAGCUUCUAUAUGAAAGAGGCAAUCUAUUCUGUCCCCAAUCAUCGAGGGGUCUCACUUACCUAUUUCAGCCUCUUUUUGGUGGAGCUGUCAUGUUGGUUUCACCCCACAACUUUUGAUUUUGAAAAAUUAAAGCUAUGUGGUGGUGGAAGACUGCAGUUCUUCAAGUGUCCACUUGGGGCUUGCUCCAAAAGCCAAGGAAACCCCAUCAAGCAGUUUUAAAACCUCCACUAUGAACCUUUUAAUCCUGUUUCCAAAACUGUGACGAUUUUUUUAAUUGUGGUUAUUAUGGUUAUGUAUAUCUUAAGGUGAAGAUUUAUAUAAGCAUUUUUAUAGGAGCAGCUUAGUCAUAGUAGUGUGUUGUAGCUGUUUUCAAAAGCUCCACCUCUUUCCACUUAAGUUAGGCUGAGUCGGCAUUUCUUAUAUUGUGACUGCCAUCAUCGGACUUCUGAACAUUGAUUCAUCAACCAAUAGUUUUGAUUUCUCACCCCAUGUUAACCACAGCUCUUUUAACUUUUAAGACUGAGGUUUUUGCCAAAAUAGUCCCACUUCUCCAAACUGUUGCAAUAUUCCAUCUGUGAAUAAAACAUAUUCUGCCAGAUUAAUUAAAAGGACAACUCUCAGCGAGAAAAUGUGGCAUUUUUUGUUGACUUUCCCUCUAACAAGAGGUUUCAAGAAGGCGCUGUUCCGUUCAACACGAUCAAUUAUGCGCAGCUGUCUCUGGAAAAUUAAUUCAGAUUCAUGCGUCAUGCAUCAUCAUCAACCCAUCAUCAUCCCUGAAGGAAAUCAGAAAGCAAUACGUCUCCUGUCAGUAUCACGCUCAGAAGUCACAUGGAGAAAUGUGAGGCUGCUUCUUGAGGGUGAAUGUCUUCAUGUUUACUGAGCAAGAGUGAAACAUUGAUGGACAUGUGAUUGAUGGAGAAAGUUAUUUCAAAAAACUUGUUUACUUUGGUGUCUUUGGGGAGAAAGGGCAAAAUAUAAGGAGCAACAAUAUAAUGAAAACUGAACACAAAUUGAAAUAGGACUUAGGAUUUGUGUUGGAUUCAAGCUUGACUUUAGGUUCAGCAUCCACCUUUCAGCAGUACAUAACAUAACGUGUUUCGUCGUUUUUCACUGCUUGUUGUAAAGAUUUAAAGAAACUCCCAGAUAUUUUUUGGACCCUCUUUUCUCUGAGUUCAGAUGUUUGAGGGGGAAACAGGAUGCAAACACGCACCAUAAAGGGUUUUUCCUUUCCACAAACACUUCCCUACAUAAAUCAGUUGAUUGAAGAUCGAGUUAAGGAGUGAAGAAAAUGAAAGCCAGUAUGAGCUGUUAAGCUCCCAGAGGCUCAAGCAGUUUCAAGUGCUGUCCAUCUCCUCUUGAAAACCGGAAACAAGUGUUAGUACUAUUCAGGCCCUCCAUAGAUGUCCUCUCUUCUGUAAAUCACCUUGUUGUAAAGCAUCACAUGCUCACUGGUGUGGGAAACAUGAGCACUCUAUGUACAGUCUGAUGUAGCUGUGAAAACAAAGCACUUAUCUUUGUAUGUCUUUUACAAAAUGGGGACUAGUGGUUUAUAAAGUAAGAGCGGCCAUUAUGCAUCUUCUUUCAGGUGUCCUUUUUGUCAUGAAGUACACGUACUGCAUCCUUGGUAAUGAUAGAAACUUUUGUAAAGUCAAGAAAUGUUCUAUUCCACUGGGAAAAAAAAAAAAAGUGCGAUCUUAAGUUUUUGGACUUGAACCGUUCUUUUCCUUGUAUCACCGUUCUGCCUUGAGGAUGAAUUAUAUAUUUUUUCUCUGCAGUCUCAAUAUAAAAAAACAUCUUUUCCAUCACUCUCAUCAAGUGCAUCUCCCUUUUUUAUUCGAUUAGAUUGACUGAAACGCACUAUUCAUUUCUUUUCAGGUUGAUGAAAUCUACCACGACGAGUCUUUGGGGACCAACAUCAACAUCGUCCUUGUGCGCAUGAUAAUGGUCGGGUACAGACAGGUGAGCGUUGACGCAUGGUGUUUUCAAAUGUCAAGGCAAAAAUGUGCGAGACUGGGUGAUAAACCAGCGUAUUCUCACAUAGAUUAAUCUCUGCUGAACAUUGCACAGGUGAUUUAAAUCUAAAUGGCAAACUAUAUUGCUAUGACCAGAGCUUGACUUUAAUUUAUUUUGAAUAAAAGCAAGACUAACUUCGCUCGUCUCCAUAUCUGACUCUUAAUUAACCUUAAGAAAUAAAUGUAAAGAUUCAGACAAAAUGUAUCCUGUCUGUUUUUUCCAGGAUUCGAGUGUUUAUGCAAAGUAAAGAUCUCCUCUAAAGAUAUAGGAGUGGUAUUGACUUUUUCAUAAGCCAAAUUAUUGAUUUGUGUUUCUGAGGCCAGCUCACUGAGUGUUGUCAAGUGUGUUUAAGUGCAGUACAGUUGGAUUUGACAGGAAUGGAUCUGCUGUAGUCCAGUUUCUUCAAUAUAACGUACAGGAGAGUUUAGAUUGAAACACUUAGUUGUUCUGCUUUCAACAACAACAACCACUCUCCUCUUUUCUUUUUUGUGAUUCGAUGAUGUUUUUUUUUUAAGCAACUCAUGAGCCCUUGCAGUUUGUCUGGUUUGUGAUAACAGAAACAUGGCCUCACUAAAAGAGGACCUGCUUUCUUUGUAGCAACAAAAGUCUCAUUUGUAUCCUGGUCAUUUGCACAAAUUUGAACGUGUUUCUCUAUUUUUAUUCCAUUCAUUUUACAAAAUCUGUUCUGCUAAAUGUCUUCACACUUUGCCCUUUAAUGUGAACUACAGUAGAAAGAUGAAACUUGACCCUCAUAUGCAUGCAAUUGGGUUAUUUUGGCUGAGUCAUAUAAGCAUAUAUAAAGUACUGAUUUAAGUAAGUGAAAUCAUCACUUUGACAGCAUUGCUCCAGGGUGAAAAAACAGAUUAUUUCAUGCAUGCCACCCCACCAGUGAAAACUAAUGUGGGCCCAAACUUGGCAGCAUACUUUCUGCUCCAUCUCCUCUCUCUCUGACUUUGCAAACUGAAACUCUGAAGAACCAGUGGGACCAGCUCCCACCAAAAAUGUUCCUUUUCAGUGGACUAAUACUGAUUAGUCCCCCCCUGCCGAGGAUUGAGUAUUUGCAUGAAUUUUUUAUCGCUCAAGGUUAAAAAGAGGAGAUUGAGCUCAAAAGUAGAAAUGAGACUUUGUAAAAAAGACUUGGCCAUGACAGAGCACUCAGUAAAAUCAAAGACCUGUCAACUGUUAAGGUCCUUACACACCAGGAACGACGCAAAUAUACAAUGCUAAAUUACGAAAUGUUAAGGUGAAUGAGAUGUGCUUUUCUACCUCUGGGUCUGUUUUCACUUUUCAUUUUGUCCUGCCCACAAGACUAUUUGAUUGGCUAGAAGUUACACACCUGAAUUAUAUAAACGGACUGUAAUUACUUUUAAAAGUUUCAGUUUUGAUCAAACUUUUGAGAAAGGUUUUUAAACUAAGUCUCAUGCUGGACUUAGUAAUACUUCAUAGUGUAGAUUUUGUCUCCUGCACUGCCCAUGAUUAUUUGUGUCAGCCUUGAAAAAUCUAUAACGGUGGACCCCUAUUUUACAUAAUUUGAAGACAUCAGUAUUAAAAUAAACGCAACAAGGUACCUUUGAUGUCUUUGCAGGAGAAAUGCAGUUUUCAAAAUUCCCACUGUGCAAUGAGUCAUUUAUGUAACGGGUGAUCUGAUUAAAAAGCAUCUGUUUCCUUCACACGUAUUUUUCUCUAUGUGUGCGGAAGAGUUUGUUUUUCCUUACACGUUAUCUCGUAAUGUGUGCUUUCGUUUUUUAAUUCAGUUUUGUUCCCUACCGAGUACAAAACAAACAGUGACAGAACAAAUCAAUGGCGGUACAAGUCCAUUUCUCCCUCUGUGCCGGAUUAUCUCCAUACCUACCUUAGGUUGCUUGGAGACCAGGCAGUUUGCAUUUAGCUUUUUCUGUCUUGUUGCCAAAGCAGCUGUUUACACAGCACUAAUUAGAUGAGCUCAAACAUGCUGCAUGUGUCAGCAGUGCUCAGGCAGAAAAGGAGGUCAAAUUAUUCUGCUGGUUCCUUUUAAAGAAUUUUAUUUCUCUGUACUUCAGGCGCUGCAUCUGUGAGAGAUGUCACUGUUGAUUAACACGCUGUCUCAUCCCUGACUGACUUCUGAGAUUCGAAUUAAACACGCUUCUGUCACGUCAGCUUUCACAGAGUUUCAAAGAAAAAAGAGUUUAAAGACUGAAAGAGUCAAAAACCACUAAUGUUCUAUAAUGACCCUAUAAAAACGCCUCAUUAAGACUUAUCAAACAGCUCGAACUUCACUGCUGACAUUGGCAAGCACACAAAGGCAAAGGAGUUUGGUUUGACACACACGAUCCUGAACAUUCAUAUACGUCUGCAAAAGUAUUUCUUUUUUAUUAUAAUUGAUUCCCCUGAAUUGUAAGAGUUGCCAUGCUGUGUUAAAACCAUAAAGAUUGCAGUCUAAGGACUCCUGUUGCCAGCUACUCGCUUUCCCUGUCAGCAUGAUCCUCUGAACCUAAUAAUUAAGUCUCACAAUGGCUAAAUUAGCGGUGUGGUUUCUUGUAUAAUUCUAUUUUUUUUUCAAGUGAAGGUACAUGCCGACUUCGAGGCUGGCAGUCUGACCCUCUUGUCUUAAAAGAAGAAACCUAUAAUCUGAAUCACAUUUCACCGUCUUUCUUCUAUAACCGUCUUCCUCUCCUUUUGUAUUUCUUCAGUCUAUAAGCCUGAUCGAGCGUGGCAACCCAUCCCGCAGCCUGGAGCAGGUGUGCCGAUGGGCGAACACGCAGCAGCGCCGCGACCCCGACCACGCCGAGUACCACGACCACGCCAUCUUCCUCACAAGGCAAGAUUUUGGUCCCGCAGGUAUGCAAGGUACUGUAUUUUUCUCGAUCGAGGACUGUGCAGAGUGAGUGCUGAUUUCUGCUUCCAUUCACAAAAAGGGGUUGGCCUCAAGUCUUGCCCAGGUAAGGUGGAUUGGAAAACUUAAAAAAGCAGAGGCCGAUUCUGCCCCGAGGCAGCCUCACGGGAGGAGGGUUUAAAUGUGGAGCUUUCCAAAACCUUGCAGACUUGACAUUGAUGCCACCCUGGAAAUAAAACAGUAAAGUCUGAUAAUAUUUAAGAAGGUUUUUUUGGCAUGUAGAGAAAAAACAGAAAUGUGUGCUAGUUGUUUUUUUUUUUAAAUAAAACAAUAUCUAUUUUACACGAUUUUAACCUUAAUAACACAUGUAUGAUAUUUCUAGGAGGAGUUUUGUACCAUACAUGUUUUUUUCUGAGUUUGUCUCACGCUGUAUUUCUCCUUUUCAGCCCUUCAAAACAAAAUUUGAAGUGAGCAGCCUAAACGCAGGAGCAACUUGGUGCAGAAAGAACAAACAUCCUCUGUGCACAAGUUCAAUACCUGCGUUUAUUUUUAACUUUUUUAGCUUAAGUGUCAUGUUUAGAGGACGACCCGAGGCUACCUGGUCUGCUCGUCACACCUCCGGAUGUUGCCAUAGCUGCCGUUGUUUUGUGUGCACAACAAGGUCUCGGUUGCUAUGGCGCCUUGCACUGUGUUGGGGUUGGACCCGGUGCUGUGUGUCGAGGGUCACAAGGAGACAUCACACUCUCUUGUCAAAGUUAAGGUGUGAGGUGGAAGGUUCUGGAUCCAAAUACAGAUUUUUGGGCAGGAGGAUAAAUAGAAAUAAAUCCUUGCAUGGUUGUGAAGUAGCUGUUAAGUAAACAGAGCUUGAAGGAAACUGUUGGAACCAAGCCCGAAGGUGGAUUAUUUUGAAGGGCAUGUGGUUAACUUAAGAUGUAGCUGAAGGCUGUUUAUUGAAUCUGCAAAAUCAGCUGUAGAAAAGAGGAGUCUGAUACAUAUAAUGAUAGAUCGUCAGCGUAUAAAGAUAAUCUAAACCUGUCAGGAAAGAAGGAAGAAGGUUUUAUCACCAAUAUGAACAGCUGGGUAUCAAUGGGGUCAAAAGGUCACCCCUUGUCCUCCUUUGUGUCGACACAAACUAGUCUGAUGGGAUAUAUAUAAAGUUUUUUUUUUUACGAGUCAUGAGUUCACCACUUUCUCAAAUGCACUGCUACAACAUCCUCUACAUGGUGUUUAGUGUUUUUGAUCUGCUUUUCCUCCACCAAUAAAUUCCUCCCACUUAAUGUUUAGUGUUUGAGUUUAUCAACCACAUGCAGAGACCACCUCUCUCCUCUCUCAUGACAUCAGUAGUCGAACGUUUUUUUGUUUUUUUUUGUACCCUAGCUGCUGCCGCUGCACUUUUUCGCUUCCAUGUGCAAAGCUGCCGCCGGCCUCUUCAUGGGAAUGUAAACUGCAUUCUCUUUGAAUUCCUUUUAUCUGUCUUUCAGAUAAAGGUUGAAGCUACACAACUGCUUUCAUGUGUUACUGUCCCCUGCAACACCAUGUGUGUGUUCAUCCAUGAGCAAAAACCAUAGUUCAUUCUGAUCCAAACCAGCCUUUAAACUCGACCUUGAUUAUCACACUGCAGGAGAAAAACACUGCUAUGACUGUAAUAACUUGCUGCAGAUGUUUUUUCCUUUUUCAUCGCCACCAAAAUAACCUGGUGUACAUGUCUUCAUCACUGUCUGUCUGCUGCAUUUUCUGCUUUUUACCUGCAUGCCAAAAGGUCCUCUGAUGGUCAGAGAGCAUGAAAAUGAUCUGAAAGCCGCCAAAAUGGAAACGAGCGUGCUUUUGAUCCAAAAGAAACGCGCUAAGCUGAAUCGCUGCACACCUCUUGAUCGAGUAAUGUUUGUUUGUGUGUUUGUUUGUUUUCAAUAUUUGUGCUUUGCUUUUAAAGUUUGGUGAACUGUGUGAAAUGUUUUGAUGCCGGGCAGAUGUCUGCUGGGUAAGGCUGACAGGCUUCUGCGCUUGCUGUUUUCCGUUGGUCUGUCUUUAUGUACAACUGGGAAAUAAACAGUAUGUAAGCUGUCAACGUUAGCCCCUUAGAAACCAUCCUGUCAAAACUUUUUAUACUACUGAGGUAAUGAGUUUUAUUGCCUUUGUUAGAAAAAUCCCUUGACUUGCUUCAAAACCAAUCAAGGGCUUCCAUGUCUUAAACGAGACUAAUGCUGCAUUCCAGUUACUUGGGAAUGACGUUACACCCGGGUUGGCGACGUUCCAGUUAACAAGUCGGAAAACCAAGAUGGACACCUACAGUUAGCGGUUGUCAGCGGUCGUUAGCCAUUGUCAGCUCUUGUUAGCCAUUGUCAGCUCUUGUUAGCUAUUGUCAGCUCUUGUUAGUUGUUGUUAGCGGUUGUCAGAUGUUGUUAGCCGUUGUUAGCUGUACCAGUCGUAAACAACGCAAAACACAGUAUUUUACUCUUAAAAACACCAUAGCAUCGUGUUCACAGUUAGAUGUUUGGCAGUACAACAUACACCACUUAUUUAAUUUCACAAAAACAAAACGGAAGUGCUAAUAAAUAAUACAUUACGAGAGCUUUCCCUGUUACUCUUUACUGUCUAUGCACUGCACUGCCAUCUUGGAAUAUGACGUUGUCAUCUAGUCGGGGUUGGAGAGGAUCGUCUAACUUUCCGAGUCGGAAACCCGACUUCAGGGGCGCAUUCAAGAUGAAUUUCCGACUCAGAGCUCAGAAAUCCCGACUUCCGAGUACAACUGGAACGUAGCAUUACUACCGACAUUACAAACAUUAGAUGAUAUUCCGUGAUAAAAAGGUGUACCAGCUUGGACACCAGCCAUGGGCAACAGGCUGCAGGCUGUGCUGUUAUUCAGUAUAACGAUACGAUACUUGAGUGCGAUAUCGCAUUAGUGCAACCAUUGCACAAUAAGCACAUAUAAAUCAACAAUAAUUAGCAACAGAAGGAACAUUACUAGUUGUUUAUUGAAUCAUUUAGCAAAGUAAUGUCUAAGGAUUGCAUCUGUCAAAAAAAGGUAAAGUCAAGAGCUAAAGUUCUGUUAUACUCUUAUAAAAAUGCAGAGUCGGCUUUAGUAUAAUUCAUUAAAGGAUUAAAGUAUUUACUAUUCUUUUUUUUUAAAUGACUUUCAUUAAUUGUAGCAUAUGGAAUAAAAGCCCACUGCAUCAGGCAAAAGUACAUGCUGUACUCAUAUAUCAGUUGUGACAGUUCGAUGUUUUUUCCCACUCAACUCAAGAGUUGAGUGGGAUGCUUUGACAGCAUAUUAAGACAAAAUUGAAAUGUUCAUGUAAGUGAAAUGACAGGAUAUAAAAAGCACUCAAAGUUCAUUCAUGUGACAUGAAGAGACAAUUUUCCUCCUGGAUCAUCAGCGGAAAUGUCACGACCUUCACCCUGAUUCUUGAUUAUUAGGUCUGUGUGGUCUUUUGUGUUGCCCAGGUUACGCUCCGGUGACAGGGAUGUGCCACCCACUGAGGAGCUGCACUCUGAACCACGAGGACGGCUUCUCCUCCGCUUUUGUGGUCGCUCACGAAACCGGCCAUGUGUGAGUAAAGAAAUUAAGAUGAAAGCGCCAGCAGAGUCUCACAGGGUCUUACUGCGUCCAAUUAAGGCGAUAGUUUUGUGCAGAGACUGUAGUCUAUCAUCACAGGCGGAGACCUUUAAAUGAAAUGUGUUGUCUUUAUAAAAACAACAUGUGCAAGCUGUUAUUUAGCCAGACAGUGUGAGAUUAUUCAGCCAGAAGUCAUGGGAAAUGAACAAACUAGAUACAGUCAUUAUGUGUUUAAGCAAAAAAACAGAAACUGCAUGUUUUAGACUGUGCUUUUGGCUCACUGACAUGCAUAUCAAUGUCAGAUUUUCCCUUACACUGCCAUAAAAGUGUUACAUUAAUUAUCAUUGAGGGGUUAAUGUGAUUAUUUUAUGCAGCAAAGAGGUCAUUAUGAAGUGCUGUCCCCUCUAUGCUCAGAGUGGCUGCUCAUAACCGUCAUCUAUGCAAAUGAAAACAGGAUUAAAAGGAGAAAGACCACUUCAUGUAUGGCUCUCUAGUGUAAUGCCAGCUUUAACUAUUAAAUGAACAUAAAUUAAAAUAGUCAGGUUCACAUUUCUACCAAAAAACAUACAAACUCAAUGCCAAAAAAGUCGGUACAGUGUGUAAAACGUCGACAGAAAACAUGAAAAUGAUUUAAGGGAGUGAUGAUUUUAUUGCAAGAUCCCGUUUUUUCACUAUUUUUGUAACAUACAGCGAUUUUCUUCUGCCUGUUCAAACAUUACGAGUUGUUCAGCUGAUUUUUUCACCUUCAGAUGAGCUGCUUCAUGUAACUUUCUAUUUAUGUUCCUCAGAGUUUUAUCAGUUUGUUUAUCAUUUCAUGUUAAGGUCUUGUGAUGGACUUUAAGCUUUAGUUGACUUUGGUGACCCCUGUGGACGGAUCAGGGUGACUUCACUCUUCAUGUAUUUUUUUUCUCAGACAUUUUUCUUGAACAUUAAUCAACUCUAGUUGACCCUCAAUCUGUCUAAAAGUUGUAAAAAGCCUCAUUUUGCAGUGUACCAUUAAUAACACCUGCUGCUGGCAGUGGUUUCAGGCUCUUUUAAUCCAAGUAUACAUGAAGAUCUAUUCACUGAUGAUCUUGUUUACUCAUGCAGACGUCAACCUCAGUUUCAGACUGUUUCAUAACCUUGUAAAACCUUCUAACUAACCACUCACACUCUUGAUUUAAAGUUAGCCCAGUAGCUGCAGCCUGAAUCGUCUCUGUUAAUGCACUUCGUGAUCUUUCGUCUGAGUCAUUUGCAGAUCUCCGUGCGCUCUGUUCCGUUUCACAUGUUUUGUUUGAGGUUGAGGUUGUGUCUGCAGUGUGCUCCCUCCUGCUGUGGCACAAACCUUAAAAAAAAACUCUGCUAAUUGGCUUGAUUGACUGUCAUGUCACACAGAAGGAUGAGAGAAAAAAGGUCACUAAGCCCUUCAUCUUCUGAGAGUUGAGAGGGGCGCUCGUCGAGCGGUGGCCCAGAGAUCGAAUAGACAAGCAUGGCCGAUUCUUGGAUUGGAUGAAUCAUUUUGUCUGUACUGGACUUAUCGACACUGUGAGGAUGUUUGUGGUUGAAUGAUUUCAGAUUGCUUUGUUUCCUGCCUGACAGAGGAGAGACUUUGACUGUCUGAAGGCGUAAUGGACACUAUCUGAUUCGCAAAAUGAUUUCAAACCAAUGGUAAUGCUGGAUUCGUGAAAAUUUCUUAUUAAACAUGCAAGACAGAAGACUCCUGAUUACUGGGAAACUUUUCCGCUGCUAUACAAUUUAUAUUCUUAAAUAGAUCCAAUACGUGCUCGCCAACUUCUUUUAAAAGUUUCUGUAAGUGUCUAAUCUGGUUUACCUCCUUGUCCAGACACUCAAAUCAUUACAGCAGUUCAGACGUUGGUCCUGAGAGUCUGCUCUACUGUGAACGUCUACAGUUACCAUCUGAUUUUAACAAAGAAAGUGUUGAAACUGAAACCCUAAUCAUUGAUCUGUGCGUCAUACUUUAUAAAAGCUGUGAUUUCAGCAGCCGCUCUUGAACUGCAGACAUUUCAGGUUAAAAAUGGACCAAACCAGCUGGAUCACGUCUUUUUCCUCUUGCCUGCACAGGAGGCUCAUGUGUUCUUUGGUUUUCACAGCCCAGUGCAGGUUAGGUGUUAUAAGCUCUUCAGAUUCCCAGUAGGUGUGAAUAUACUCUUCCAUGGGGUUUUUACUCUGUUUAAGACUCACAAUCUCUUUGUGGGCAAAAAGUAAAACUCCAAAUUAGGCCUCAGUGAUGUAUGUGCUGGAUGUAAUGGUAUUUUACUGGUUACAAACCAAUCUGUAAUUUUAGGUACCCCUGAAAAAAAAAAAAACUGUCGCUCCAAAAAAAUCUUUUAAAAUAUGUAAAAAUUAGCAGGAAACGCUUCAAGGCUGGAUUUAAACCAGUAACAUUGUUCGCUACAGUAAUUAGGUUAGCAUCUCUUCGUGAAUUUUGCUGGUAAUUUUUAAAAUAAGAUAAAACACACUGAGACACAUUGUUUUGUCUUAUCCUUGUUGUGGGCACUGCUAAAAAAGUUUAAAAAGUCAGUUACUUCAAAGUUUUUCACUUAAUAGUAACUCAAGGUUUACAGAAUUAGAAAACUCGGAAGUCCCUGUUUUAACUCCAAAACAGAGAUGCACUGAUCCAUUUUUUUCAAAUCCAAUCCAAUUGGAUGUGAACUGUUUACCCUGCCCUGUGAGUGAAGCCAUCAGGCUUGACAUUAGCCUUGUUAAAAAAAAAAAAAGUUAACAAAUUAACAGUACAGUAUUAACAGGGUCCCAGCCAUAGUACUAGCCAUCAAACAUAUUUUUAGCUUUGCCAAAUUUCUUGUUUCUCACAACUUUCAGCAGCCGCUUGUUUGUACAGAGUCCUCCGGACAAAUCCAUCCACUGCAGCGGGGUGAUGCAGCUCAAGGAAGAACAUUUAUGAUCUCUGUAUUGCUAUCUGUGGUCGUUACGAAAGUUGGUAUCUAGAGAAGUAAGUGGUCGGCAACAUUCAUCUCUCGAAGGGGUGUCUAACUCGGUGUUACGGUGCGUUUGACCCUAAAUUAAUUUUACACCGGAAUAUCCCUUUAAAGAUUGAUAUUAAUUAAAAGAAAAAAAGACCUGGAUUGGAAUGUUGGAUCUGCGUCAUUCAUCAGAUAUCCGAUCCAGUUAAUUUGACAAUAUCGAAGCUGAUAUCCGAUCCAAAUAUUUGAUUGGUGCAUACGUACUCCAAAAAAGUACCAGAAGUUUGAUCGGAUAUUGAACGAAUUUUGGGCAUGAUCUGUCAGUUGCAUCUCCAGGGAAAAAGUCCAAGUUAAGUAAAAAGUUAAGACAAAGAAAAGUUAGAGAGAGAGAGAAAUGUGGUUUUCUUCUACGUAUGCACGUGCCUGUCAUCCAGCUGGUUAGUGGCAGGUUAAAUUCCACAACAUCAUGUAAUAGGCUUGAAUUGCUCUUGGAUUCAAAUGUGGGACUUCAUUGUGUUGUCAGAUCCCACCGGCAUCAGAGGUAACCAAUUACUGGAGGAUACUGUGCUUCCUAACCCCCUGUAGAAAACAUUUCAUUUCCUCGUCGGUACAAAGAAAAGACCACAGAGAGCGGAAAUCCUGCCAGUGGGAUUCAAGGAUUGAAGGUUUUCUUUAAUCAGCCUUUGUGAACAGCUGAAGCAUGUUCCGAGUGUUUUCUACCUCCAUAAAGGAAAUUUCCAAAUGAAAUUACUCUUGGCAUUCAACAACUACAACCCCCAUGAGGCUUUGUAAAUGUGUCAGUGGCCUGUGAGAUUUUCAGUUCAGCUUAACUUGAAUGUGUGGUUUACUUGUAACAAGGCUGUUUGUGAGUCAAGAUUCGCAAUCAACAGAAAGUUCACAUGACAUCUUGACCCCCUGUAAUUUCAUGACAACAAAGAAUUGUUCACAAGGGUAGAAAUUGUUCCUGUUUCACUCUGUUGGUUUCUCUUACUCAGUUUUCUUUUCUUGAAGUAAACCCUUGAAACUUUUUGGCAUUUUGAUAAAAAAAAAUAAUCAAUGUCUUUGUCCCUGAGAAAAUACAUCUCUUCUUUAUUUUAUUCCUAUUUCAUUUAUAUUUCUGCAUUUUCUACAUUUUUCUGUUUGAGAGCAGUCAUGAUGAAACAUUACCCUGUGCUUUCAUUUAGGAGGGGCUUUAUACACUGACUGAUGACGCACAUACCCAUUCAGUUUAUCUUCAAAAAGAAAAUAACCGGUCUUUACUUCAAUGUCUUUUUCAUGGUAACACACUAAAACCAGCACCAAAGAAUGAUGGAGACCAAAUGAGUCACAAGUCACAUGUAGAUGCAUAAAAAGCUUCCUCCAGGGUUCGGAUUCACUUUGAAAACACUCAAUUUUCAAUGGUUUUCCUGGAAGCCGCUCCAUUCUAUCGCUCAGGCAUGUACAUGGUAUAAAUACACAACGGUUUAGAUUGUGAAUUACAAAUGCAUGAAGAGGGAGCAGGAACAAGCAGGGGUAUGUGCCCUGGUGUGAUGCGACAUCAGAUCAAACGUGUUUCAGAUGUUUGAGCACUUUGGCGAUAAUUCACCAGCAGCAUGACUGUAGGAGACGUGAAGACCCUCUUGAAAUAUGAAAGGCACAGAUUUGCCAUUAAUCAUUGUUUAAUUAUGUUUUUACACAAGCAGCGUUCUGACGAUGAUGACCCUUAGCUUACUCCUUUUUCAAAAUCACAUUUUUAAAAAUAUCUUCUGCCAUACAACCAUGUCUUACAUUUUCGUGCACCCCGGAUUAAUAAACCUAUUACUUUCCCAUCAGGCUUGGCAUGGAGCAUGACGGCCAGGGUAAUCGUUGCGCGGAUGAGACUAGCAUGGGCAGCAUCAUGGCUCCUCUCGUCCAGGCGGCUUUCCAUCGCUAUCACUGGUCACGUUGCAGCAAGCAGGAGCUCAAUCGAUACAUACAGUGGGUUCUGUUCCUCCCUGUCUGUAGUUUUUCAAUCUCCCUCUACUGAACAUUGAAUUGUUGACUGAGAGUGUAUGUGAAGAGGAUGGCUAAUAGAUCUUCUUGAAACUUGUUUCUUUUUGAGCUUGUUCUUUAAACAUCUGACUCUCAUGGUAUUAUUACUCUCAUUUCCUCUCAUCUCUCUCAGCUCAUAUGACUGCCUACUGGAUGACCCUUUUGAACACAAGUGGCCCAAGCUUCCUGAGCUACCUGGAAUUAAUUAUUCGAUGGACGAGCAGUGCCGCUUUGAUUUUGGCGUUGGAUAUAAGAUGUGCACAGCUGUAAGUUUUUCAAAAAUCAAUGAAAUAUUAACUUAACCCUUUAUUGAUUUUGUAUCAUAUUCGAUACAUACUUUUAUAUCUUUCUAUCAAAUCAAUAUGAUCAAAAAAUUACUAAAAAAUAACUUAAUACAGUCCAAUAAAUGAUAAAAAAUGUCCUCAUGUGGUUUAUCAGUUUCCAAAAACAUCUAAUGUAUGAAACAAGAUAAAUAAAUAAGUAUAUUUGUUCAAUUUUAAGGACAUUUUGAUUUUUGGGGUUUUCAGUAGUAAGUGAAAUAAACAUUUCAGCUCCAAAAAAUGUAAUUUUCUGGCCAUAAUUUUUGGUUUCAGGCAUUAAAGGGAUACAUUUUUGUAUUUUUCCUUUCUGGUCAGCAAAUGCCUAUUCUGUACGCCCUUAUAUGGUCAGCUAUGACAUGAUUAAAAACAUGAUAAGCGAUUUUAGGUAAAGGAAGCUUGUAUACAAACAUGAUAGGAACUAAAAGUUAACCUAAAAUGUUAAAGUUUUGUUCAAUUUUCAGCAUCAUGGGAUUGAAAGUUUAACACAAAUGCCCUUUUCAAAGACAUUUUUUAAAAUUAAAACUUAAAUUUUCAUUGUUAGAAUCGUCAGUAAAAGCAUAACUGACACAUUUUUCUUCUACAGUUUCGAACCUACGACCCCUGCAAGCAACUUUGGUGUAGUCACCCCGACAAUCAGUACUUUUGCAAAACCAAAAAAGGACCCCCGGUGGACGGAACAGAGUGUGCUGCAGGAAAGGUAAAAAGUGUCUGAAUUUCAUUUUGAAAUUUUUUGUGUUUUAAAUAAUUGAACAUCGCAGCGCUUUGAAGAGAGGAAUGAAAUGGACUCAAACAUCAUCGCCAUUACUCUCUCUUUUCACCCGGCACUUAUUUCCUCCUCUCUUUGUGAUAUUUUUAGUGGUGCUUUAAGGGCCACUGCAUUUGGAGAUCCAGCCAGCAGCCUCAGGGACACGACGGAGGCUGGAGCUCCUGGUCAAAGUUUGGCUCCUGCUCCAGGACAUGUGGCGGUGGAGUCCGCUCUCGCAACAGACAAUGCAACAACCCACCGUGAGUGUUGUUACCAAAAGGAAACUGUGGGAGUCUUUAUCAAUACCUUUCAAGAGUUUUCUCAAACUUUUUCUGAGUAAAAAGUUCCUCGGAAAAGUCUGAGCCAAAUACAAUACUACAUUCUUUAAAAAGGGAGUGUUAGGCUUAUUUUUGUCUUUAUAUUGUCCCUCUGAUAUCAUCCUAGGCUGCUGUCUUUGAGAAGCCUCAUUUCAGCCUGUUUGAGGCGCUUCAUUUAAGCCACUGUCUCUUUAUGGCCCCCCCAGCAUUCUGGAACCCAGUAUUCCUGUAGCCUCCUUCACUGUUGCCACUCAACAAAGUUGUGUUUUGUUUUAUAAUAUGACAAAUUUGCCUUUUUUAGGAGAUUCACCAUCUGGUAAUGUCACAAUUUGACCAAAUCUCACACUGAAUUCCCACCAUUGAACAAUCCGUUCAGAGCAUCCUGUAAUCCCACCAGGGCGUUGCUUAAACACACGUUAACCUUGCAAACUUAAACUUUGCUCUUGUAUGUCACUAAAGUUGUAUUUUUUAACAGAGGAAAAGAGGGAAAGAAUAAAUGUUGAUUGGACUGCGCUGUUACUAUCUCUGUCACUGUUGCCGUGGUGUAGGUGUCACACAAACCACAGCUUCAUUUCCCUAAGAUUCACCGUGAGUGUCAGUAAACAGUGUAAUAAGAGCAUUUACAUGCACAUGAUCAGUAAAGAUAGAGAUUUAAAUUAUUUUUUAUUUAUUUAACUGGGUUAGUUUCACUUUUUUAAAAGAGACUCAGGCCAAGACAGCACAGGUAACUACAAUGCAAUCUGUAAGCAUUAGUAUCAACAUAAAAAGGAGGAAUUAUCUCAGAAUCUGCUUUGCAUCCAGGUGAACUAAAAAUUCUGAAGGAUCUUCUUCAAAUUUCUUAAUUUUAGAUUGAAAAAAAGAUGUAUUUUACCAAAAACGAUGAGAACAGAGAGCUCCAUACUGGCUCAUCUGUGAAGAAUUAUUAGGGAUUUUUUGUAGAUUUUUUCUUUCUUUCCUAAGAUCAGAAACUGUAAGUGAAUAUCAAACUGUACCUGAAGGUGUUGCUGGAAUUACAUAAAGAAAUUUCCUCCCUAAGAUCAGCUGGCAAUUGAAGCACUUUCAGAGGCCAGUGAGUUUAUACGAUCUGUGUGUUCUUCCAGCAGCUGAUGUCAAACAGUUCAAGUCUGUAUGUAGAGCUGAGCAGCAGGCGUCCCUUUUUUUUUUUGUUUUUGAUUGAUUUUAAAUAAACAAAAACCCGACAGUAAACUCUGAGCGGAUGUGAUAAAGCACUCGUUUAAUUUCAGCCGUUUCUGAAUUUCCAUCGAUGAUACACAGGCCUGUGCUGGCAGCAGAGAUACAUUUAUUAGAAGAUAAAUAUCCUUAAUAACCUCUUGAUAUACAACUUCAGGGGAAAAAUCAGGAUGUAAAACAUCUUUGGUGUCAUAAUUUUGUUAUCCACAUCAAUCAGGCCUGCUUAUGGUGGUCGGGACUGCCCUGGCUCUGCUUUCGACUACCAGAUGUGCAACACAGAGGAGUGUGCUGGCCCGUACGAGGACUUCCGUGCUCAGCAGUGUGUCCAGAGGAGCAACAAAUACCACAAAAACAUCAAGCACACCUGGCUACCGUAUGAACACCCAGAUGGUAAAUCCAGGGAAAAUUGGCCCUCUCUUUUUUGGCGUGAAUUCUUCAUGCAGCUCAGCGAACGGACAGAUGAUAUUCGCAGGAUUUGUUUCAGAUUUAAAAGCCCUUUGUGUUCUGCUGAUAAAUUUACGAGUCUUUAAAGACUUGUGUUAACCCAGGUGUGCGUGUGUGUUUGUGUAUUCCAGAGGCUCGUAAGUGCGAGCUGAGCUGUAAGUCAAAGGAAACAGGAGAGGUGGUGUUCAUGAACCAGGUGAUGCACGAUGGGACGCGCUGCAGCUACUCGGACCCCUUCAGUGUUUGCGCUCGAGGAGAGUGUUUGGUAAGUCUUUAGUAAAACUACUGUCCUCUAAGCUGGUCUUUGUCCUCUAAAUACACACUUACCAAAAGUGGAGUUGUCUCAUAUUUGAGGUUUAGCAUUUAAAUACCAAUAACAUUACAACAUCUGUAAGGACCGGACCCCCAUGACUGAAACCAGCUGUGUCUCACUGCUACAGCACCAAGGUGAUAACACAAAAGUAGCACAUUUUAUAUGUGACAACUGCAGUGGAGUCGUGAUGGAGUUGUGAGUGUAGCAUUGAAUUUAGACAAGUGUUAAACAGCCGAACAGUGUGGGGUCACUGCGAGUGUGUCAGAAGUCAAAUGUUUCAUCCAUAAACAUGAGCGUGAGAAUGUUUCUGAAUGAAAGUGCCCUCAACCUUGACUUCUCAUCCAUUCAACAAACUGCAGGAAUGAAGGAUUUUAAGGUAUUUAUUUAGACGACCAAUACCAUAAAUGUUUCAUUUUAACAUUUUUAAUCAACAUCUUCAUCAUCUGCCUGUCUUGAUCUUUUUUUCUAUCUCUCCAAUCUAACCUUUGUUUUCUUUUAUCUCCAAUCUUAUUUUAGCUUUGAAUGUAACUUUUAAUCUGUUUAAUGUCUUUUACGCUGUUUUUACUUUUUAAAUUGUGUUGAAUGUUUUGCCAGCUUGUUUCAUGUAAAGCACCUUGAAUUGCCCUGCUGCUGAAAUGUGCUAUACAAAUAAACUUGACUUGACUUGACUUAACAUAUGACCAUUUUCAAUCCCCCUUAAAGGGAUAUUUUGGCGUAAAAUUAAGUAAAGGUCAAACACAUCUUAAGACCGAGUUAGACACUCCAUCAACAGAUGAAUGUUGCCGACCACUUGCUUCUCUAGUUAUACCAACUUUAGUAACGACAGAACGAUAGCAAUACACAGCGGUCUGAGGAGCCAUAAACAAACCUCAACCAAAACACCACUCUAUAGCAACAAAUAAUACUCAGAACAGCACCUAACUUCAUCAACAGUACAUAUAGAGUCCCAGCCAUAGUACUAGCCACCAAACAUCUUUCUAACUUUGCCUAAUUUCUUUAGCAAAGAGACUAAACACAACUCACCCACUCUCUUCCAGCAGCUGCUUGUACGGAGACCUCAGACCAGUCCAUUACAGACAUCAGCUGGGGGAUGCAGCUCAAGAAAGAAUGUUUAUGAUCAUUUUUUUUAUCAUUUUCUUGAAGUAAUAAUCAUCAUGUUAAUCAUUUUGCACUGCAAACGCGGUAGUUCUUCUGCCUUAGCGUCUCAGUCUGAUUGCAUUUCCAUGAGGAAAUGAUUAUAAGCGUCCGACACUUCUCCUAAAACCUUUUCAUCUCAUCAACAAGAACAAAAUCUAAUUUUAUCUCUUUCAUGAAGGAACAUGUAUCAUCAUAACUUCCUUUGACAAAAUUAAAACUGCAACCGGCUUUUUUGCGUAAUGAGUAAUGAGUAAUCAAGAUUUGAUCUUUACGUAGCCUAUUUUAGAAAAUAAUCUGAAGGUUUUGCCUUGUGUUUGAGCCUCGAUGCUGCUGAAGUGUUUUAGCAGAGAAAUAGCUAACAGGUUAAAAGUCAUUUAUACCCUUUUUAAAACUUAAUCAUUAAUUUCCUCAUGCCAAAACUUUUAUUUUUAAGUCUUUUCAGUCUUUUCAGUUUUUACACCAUUAAAAACAUUUUAAGAUAGACGAACAUGUUUAUAUGACAAGCUGAUGAUCAGUGAAAAAUGAUAACUGCACAAAAUAAAUUGGUCGUUAUCUGCACUGGGUUUCACAGAAACAUCUCUGGUCUGUAAAAAGGAGGAACAUGUCGCUGAGUUUAGAAACCCCAAUUACCCAUAAUGCCUUGACCUUUCCUGUGGUGUAUUUUGAUGAUGAAAAUGGUGCCUUUUUGUGAUGUUUGCACUGCUGUCUGAGGAUUUUGAUGUCAAUAAACUGAAAGCGGUGCUCUAUCACAAACAUACACAGAUAUUAUUUUGUCUUUAUGCUCGAAUCCUUGGAGAUAAAGUGGAGCCUUUUAUUUUUUGCGCACCAGCCUCCUCGUGUUUUGGCUUCCUCCUUGUUAUGUCUGCUUUCCGACAUGUAUCAUCAUAAAGCUCGACUCUAAACCAGACGCCUGCUGAGUUUUCCCAUGGCAUCAUAUUCCCAGCUGAGUAAUCUCAGUGUGUAUGAAAGUCAGACGCAGCGUCAGACGGAGUGAUUGACUGUCUUGUCCUUUUCUCCCUCACAGCACGUGGGCUGCGACAAGGAGGUCGGCUCUUACAAGCAAGAGGACAAAUGUGGAGUGUGUGAAGGAGACAACUCCCACUGUCGCACCGUGAAGCUGACACUCACAAAGACGCCCAAAAAGAACGGUGAUUAUCAGCUGUGUGGAUGGAUUGUGUUCAAUUCAGCAACACAUCUCUAUAGCAGUUAUCUUCUGGAUAGCAGUCAUCCUUAAAGCGCUAAAAUGAAAAAAAAACUUGAAAUAAUCAUCCAAGUUUACCGCGUUUCAGCUUCUGACUUAUAACCUAAUUGACAAACUUAAUAUUAGUGUUAGGACUCAGAAAUAAUUGUCUACCAUUACAGCCCACACUCAGACUCCCGGCUUGACUGUGCUGUGUCUCUUUGUCAGGAAUGCUGAAAAUGUUUGACAUCCCGAUAGGAGCACGACACAUUGUCAUCGAAGAGAAUGAGACCUCCCCUCACAUAAUAGGUAAGUGUUUCACACCUGAGGCUGAGUGGGAUAAUUGGUAUGUAAAAAAAAAAAAAAAGUGAGAGGAAAGACUCAUUUCUUGUCUCAACUGUCUCAAGUUUCGCUAACACAAUCUUCCAGUACUUCCUGUCUCUCUUUUAAGCUGUCAAAACUGCCCCUGACAAAAAACUUAAAGUUCCUGUAAUGACUUAAAAGGGUUUUGACCAAUCAGAAUCAAGUAUCGGAUAUCGGUCCGAUAUCAGCCAAAAAACAAAUAUCGGAAUUAUAUCGGCCUGCAUCUAAAAUAUUCGAUAUCAGCAUUCCAGACUCCAUUUCGGCACUUCUAGCUAGCAGCGCCCAGAUCCAGCAUGCAGAGCCCACAUGAUCACAACAACAGUGUGUACUACACUACAAACAAAGUGGCAAGGAGUAGGAGCGAUGUCGGCCGUGUGAUGGUAUUUUUCGAUUAGAUCCGAAAAAAACGUUGCAGCUGAGUGCAAAACUUGUCAUGCACAAGUUUGGGCCAGUAUCGGAUCAAUAUCGGAUACUGAAGGCUACAAUAUCGGUAUUGUAUCGGAAGUAAAAAAGCUGUAUUGGGACACCCCUAGCUGAAGUUGUGCUCUUUUAUGUUGAUAAUUUUAUUAUAGAUUUCCUUUAGUAAGACAAAGCAAAUGUUUUUUGUUACAGCUGGUAGAAAUCUGAAGCUCCUCCUACAUAAACUCCAAAUUGUUUCCAAACUUGUUCAAUUCGAUUGGAGACAAUUGAACAAAAAAUUGUACGAACUGGAGCUACUACGAGGAGUUUUCAUGUUGUGUGGAUCCUAAUGCUGCCUGUAGUCGGAGCAGUUUGUGGAAUCUCAUAUCCGGCUGCUCUCCAUAAAAGAAUAAAUGUUGUUUUGUGCUGAAAUAUUCCUCCUGCUGUCUGUCUACUUUCAAACACGUCACUCACAGUGAAGCGUUUCCAUUGAGUAGUACAAGGAGAGGUCGUUCACACUGGUUGUUCAUAGCUGAUAAGGAGGCAUCAUCACCAUUUCUACUCCUGCUGGUUUCUCAACAAAGGAAACUUUUAUGUAACUUCAAAAACCGACUUUCUCCUCAACUUUAAAACCUCUUCAUCUUUUGACUUCCUGUUUUAAAACUUUUUAAAAGUUCUAUGAAUCAGCUGUGAGAGGCUUCAGGCAGUUAGAGGCACUUUUGAAAACUUAAAAACAUGGUUUACAGCAGUUUCUUUGGCAGAUCCAAUUGCAGUGCUGAGCCUGAAGGGAAUUGAUAGUUGAUAAUAGGUAUGUCGGAGUGAGGAGAGGUGCCCCUGCUGUGUUCAGAUUUCUCGAAAUUUAAAGUUACCAAAUGAAAAAGAUCGGCAAAAUUGCAAAAUAAGAUAUAAAACCAGCAAUAAGAGAGAGCCAAAGCACCGCCUAGACCCUCUGGUUUCAUCGAUACACUUGAGAUGUAGAUGUGGUCACAAGUUCUUGGUUAUUAUGAAAAGACAAGAACAAUAAUAAUCAUACAAAUGUAUCCACACCCAACGGAAGUUUUCCUCUGUAAGAAAUAAAAGUUGGAAGUAUGUGUAUGAUCAAAUGAAAAUUAUAUUUGUGCUUGUUAACUUGAUAAAAGGAAAUCUACAGAGACUGUUUGUUCUCUGGAGGAGCUGCGGUCAUCAUUAAUUCUCCCAUUGGAGCAUAAUAGAUGGAGAUAAUAGAUAGCAAACAAAGCCUGAGUCACAUCACAGAUGACACCAUUAUCAUUGUGUUAUUAAUAGAUUUCUUUUUUCCUUUUAUAAGCGACGCUGCCUGGAUGAUUACUUUUAAUUUAACUUGAAUAUAGCUGAGUAGGUGAAGCGUAGCUCAUAAAUGAUAUAAGGGCUCAAAAAUAUUCACAUGUAUGAGCGAAACUUGCAACACUGAGUUCAGAAAUCGAUGACUGUGAGGAUAAGCGUGGCACAAACCCAAACACUCCCUGUCCUGUUUUCUCUCUGUCUUUUAUGAGCUCAUGGGAAGAAAAGAUGACACGCAACUUUGAGAAAUGACUGUUUGCCUACACAGUGCCAAGAAUCCCAAAAUUAAUCUUGACACAUUUUGCGAUGGGAGGAAAAUCUCAGCGUUGUUUGGCAGAGCGUUGUUGAUCCUGGAACUUCAGUCACUUUUUUAAGAGUUUUACUGAAUGAAACUAACGACUACACGUUGUGCACAUAUUUUUUUCCCAUCACUCAUGCCUAAAAAGUUUUUUUUUUUUUUCUCCCCCCUUUCUUUUCUGACAGCUGUGAAGAAUCAAGUAACUGGAAACUUCAUCCUGAAUUCAAAAAGUGAAGAAGCAGAAUCAAAGAGCUUCAUAGAGAACGGUCUGCAGUGGGAGUACUCCAUGGAUGGUGGGAAGGAGACGCUGAAAACAAGCGGUCCCCUUCAUGAAGGCAUUAUAGUGCUGGUGGGUUGGUCUACAUCAUCGCUUUUUAUCUUAAAUGUUUAUUUUUUGUUCCUUACUUGAAGUGUUUUCUUCUCAUCACAGGUCAUUCCCCAGGAAGAGGACGCGAAGAUUAGCCUGACAUAUAAAUAUAUCAUCCAUGAGGACCUUCUGCCGCUCAUCACCAACAAUAACGUUCUACUGGCUGAACUGGACACUUACGAGUGGGCGCUGAAGAGCUGGUCUCAGUGCUCCAAGCCCUGUGGAGGAGGUCAGUGGACAAUACAUCUGAAAGUCAGCUAGUUCACCUUCCACCUCCACUCCUAUGACAAGAAAUUGUCAUAGUAUAGUAUGUUAAAAAUAUCAGGUUUUAGUAUAAAUUUUUUUAUAGUACAGUAUGUAAAAAAAUAUCAAAGUAUAGUAUGAUGAAAUAUAACGGUAUAGUAUGAUAAAAAUGUCAUAGUAUAGUAUGAUUGAAAUGUCAUAGUAUAGUAUGAAAGAAAGUUAUAGUGUAGUAUGAUAAAAAUAUCACAUUUUGGUAUGAAAAAAUUAUUAUAGUAAAGUAUGAUAAAAAUGUCAUAGUAUAGUAUGUGAAAAUCUCAUUGUAUAGUAUGUUUAAAAAUGUCGUAGUAUAGUAUAAUGAAAAGAUCUAUUGUGAAACGGGCAGUAAUGUAGUGUAAUGGUUAGCACUGUUGAUUUAUAGCAAGAAGGUCUUAGGUUUAAAUCCCGAUCAGAUAUAGUAUGAUAAAUAUGAAAUCAGAAAAAAAGGACAUAGUGACCUAUGACGAAAGUUUUUAAUUUUAGUAUGAAAAAAAUGUCAUAGAGUAGUGUGAUUAAAAUGUCAUAGUAUACUAUGAUAAAAAUUUCACAUUUAAAUAUGAAAAAAUUGUCACAGUAUAGUAUGUUAAAAUAUCAAAGUAUAGUAUGAUAAAAUAUAACAGUAUAGUAUGAUAAAAAUUUCACAUUUAAAUAUGAAAAAUGUCAUAGUAUAGUAUGAUAUAAAAAAAAUCACAUUUUAGCAUGAAAUAAAGUCAUAGUGUAGUAUGAUAAAAAUAUCACAUUUUAGUAUGAAAAAAUUAUUAUAGUAAAGUAUGAUAAAAAUGUCAUAGCAUAGUAUGUGGAAAUUUCAUUGUAAAGUAUGUUUAAAAAUGUAGUAUAGUAUGAUAAAAAGAUCUAUUGUGAAAUUGGCGGCAAUGUGGUGUAAUGGUUAGCCCUGUUGACUUAGAGCAAGAAGGUCCUGGGUUUAAAGCUUGAUCAGGUAUAGUAUGAUAAAAAUGAAAUCUGAAAAAAUCUAACAUAUUAACCUAUAAUGAAAGUUUUGAAUUUUAGUAUGAAAAAAAUGUCAUAGUAUAGUAUGAUUGAAAUGUCAUACAAAAGUAUCAUAAAAACGUCAUAGUAUACAGUACUAAACAAAUUUUAAUGAUAAUAAUAAUACUCAAAUUUUAGUAUUGCAUGAUAAAAAAAGAUGUAAAAUGUCUGGAUUUAAGAACUUUUAAUUAACUCUGAAGACUUUGUUAGAGCAUUGAUCAUCUUCCUUUUUCCCUCCUCCAGGUGUUCAGUACACAAAAUACGGCUGCAGGAGGAAGAGUGACAGCCGUCUGGUGCAUCGUAACUUCUGUGAAACCAGCAAGAAGCCGAAACCCAUCCGCAAACGCUGCAACACCCAAGAGUGCAGCCAGCCAACGUGAGUUACACUCCCCUAUAGAUGUUCAUUCUGUGCGCUCUUGUGAGAAAAUGGGUGCAGAAUGAAGUAACAACAGUUAUAAUGGCCCUUUUACUUUAAAUGGUUCACUCUGUGUAGAGUAAUACCAGAGUAAGAAAGGCAGUUUGCAAAUACCAGGAAAAUCUUUUCAAAGCUCCUUCUGUGCUGACAGGUGGGUUGUGGAGGAGUGGAGUCCCUGCAGUAAGACCUGCGGGAAGCUGGGCUAUCAGACCAGGGUGGUGCAGUGCAUGCAGAUGCUCCACAAUGGCACCAACAGACCAGUCCACAGCAAGCACUGCACCGCAGAUCGACCAGAGAUGAGGAGAGCGUGUAACAGCACGGCGUGCCCCCCUCAGUGGAGGACGGGAGCAUGGUCUCAGGUGAGCUUGAAUCAUGGAUCCUGUUUUAAAAUGUCAGGAUUGAACUGUUGUAUGUGACACAUCUCAUAACCAUAGAUGCGUGUCCUCUUCUGCUUCAUUGUAUGUAUGUGUUCUUGUGUUGCGGCAGUGUUCGGUGACGUGUGGGGAGGGCAUUCAGCAAAGGCAGGUGGUUUGCAAGGCCAGCGACAACACCAUAGGAGAAUGUGAAGGCGAGAAGCCCGAGACGGUCCUCAUCUGCAAUCUGAACACGUGCCCAGGUGAGACCUACGUGUAAUAACAGAACAAUAUUCACCAAUUUACAGAGGCUGCCUGUACAUGUCGGACUCAUUACCUUUUCAUCACUGAUGCGGCAAGAACAACUUACAGGAGAACUAACAGGGUAAUUUAGUCCUUUGUAGACCUCGGGGCGGGUUAUUUCCUGCUGUAUUAUGCAAAUUCAGUAAUAACCAGGCGGUAGAAAAUGGUGUGUUUUGUUUUCUGACAGUGUCUCUGAGACAGAUCACAUCAGAUCAGGCUCAUAUCAGUUAGGCUUUGAAACUUUUCUUUUUACUCAGGUUGUAGAAAACAGGUGAGGAGAGUCGAGAGAUUUGACAUUUUAGAAACUGUCACACCAUUUCCGCUGCCCUCGCUUCAGCUUCUUUCAGCUUUUCUCUUCUAUUCCCCUGUGCAGGCGGUGAGUAGAAAAUAGUGGUUUUAUCAAGGACAACAAGAGGACAAGUCAAGGUUGUGUCUUGUGCUCUGUGAAUUGCUCCUAGUUUUUUUAUUACUGGUCUCUAACCUCACCGUUAGUUUCUUCCUGGAGUAAAGGGUCGACAGGAGGUGGCUCCUUUAUAAAAUGGUAUGAUAUUAUUGAAUAUAAUUUGGACUAGGGCUGCACAAUAUAUCGUUUGAGCAUCAUCAUUGCGAUGUACAUUUGCGCGAUAGUCACAUUGCAGAGCCUGCGAUGUAGGAGGCGAAUUUCAAGGGUAACUGACUGACAUACACUGCACGUGACUCUGCAUGUGCUGUGCAGCGAUCCACCAAUCAUAUUCAUUCUUUACUCACUUGCCAAGCAGACUAUACUCUGCCAGUCGUCAAUCAAAAUCAGAGAGGAGGAAAUCACGACCCUGCACAUGGAGUGAGUCGCUGGCGCUGCCGCUGUUGUGCCAAGAAGGAUGCCCGCCAACAAUUACUUUCGGAACAUUACUCAUCACUGCUCAGCCCCACAAAUAAGAAUUGUUAGAGUUUUAAACUGUACAUUUCUGUGGACCACUCUACUAUCCACGAGGUGCAUGCAAUUCUGGAGGACAUGCGUUUCAACAAAGAUCGCAAAAUGAGCAAUGAAUUAGAAAAAAAGAAAAUGAAAGUCAUGUUUCUGGAAUUAUUUCGGUUACAAGAAAGAUGAUGUCAACCAAACACGUGUUCUGUGACGGCAGUGCAUUUCAUCUGUUGCUACAACGAGAGAAAACAAGUCCCAGCGCAAUAAAAGCUAAAAAUAUCUCUAAGAAAGACAAAAGCCAUUCUACUAACAUUCACAAAAGAGGUAAGAUCAGUGCAGGUUGAUGAUCCUCAAGAUUUCAGCGGUGCAGCACAACAUAAAGUGCUAUUCAGGUCAUCCGGUCAAAAUUCCUGUAUUUUUUAAUAUCGCAGGGUUGAAAGAAAUCGCAAUGUUUUUUCACAUAUUGUGCAGCACUAAUUCGGACUUGAUUUUGUCGUCUGUUGCAGGACAACCAGUGUCUUCUCUCACGGUGGAAACAAUGGAGAACUCCACGAUAAAGGAUGAAGCGGUGCACCAAAGAGAUCCUGAAAACCCUGUGCACAAAAUCUCUUCCAGUGAGUCAAUCACUUUGAUUUCCAACAUAAACACCCGAAGAAACAGUGUUUUUUUUUAAUUCUCCAUCUUGCUCACAGCAACAUCUUCUCACUUGUUGUUUCUAGAUGAGCCAUGUCUGGGGGAUAAAUCCAUUUUCUGUCAAAUGGAGGUUCUGGCCCGUUACUGUUCCAUCCCCGGGUACAAUAAGCUUUGCUGUGAGUCGUGCAACAAGAAAGAUCUCUUCCCCACACACACUCCUGACCUCCUCAACACACCUGUGGCCACCGUGGACACGAAGACCUCUGCUUCUCGUGCUGUAUCACCAAAAGCUCCUUCAACGACACCAAGCCCGCCUCAAACCACUAAACUCACCAGCAGACGGCUUCACUCCACCCCUCCAGCGCCAACCACCUCCGCAGUAGCAACAGAAGCCUCGCCUUCCACGGGUGCUGCUCCGCCUCAGGGUCCCUCCAGUGACUCCCUCCUCACAGCUGGGAGAGGAGACUCAGACCCGGGGCCUCUUCUACCUCCAGGGCCAGCGCGGCCCACAGCGGACUCCAGUGGAGGUGCCUCCAAAGAGCACAGUCCAAACAGCACUUUAGGCCCAGUUGCUGCCAGGUCAAGAAGGGACGAUUUAGGAUCCGAGAGGGACUCGAGUCACAGAACCCUGAGAGUUUAAGAGAGCGAGGAGUGAUGUGAUCAUGCUGCUCAGUGAGAUGCUCUCAGACAUCAACUCCCCGCCUGCAGCAUCUGAAAGACUCACAGUCUGGCUGCAGAUAUUUUCUUACUUUUUUUUUUUUUUUUAAUUUACAAAGAUUUUUUUUUUUUUUUUAUCCAGCGAACUUACACCAGACCAGUGAUGGUACCUCAUCGAACCUCCAGAGUGAUCUGUGCGCAGUGAGGCUCCGCCCCUUGUGCCUCAAAUAUGAAACGGAAGGAAAAAAAAAAAAAAACAUUGUCAGGUGCUGUAAACUAAAACGACUACAAGAUGUGCUCAAAAUGUGAUGACUGCAUUGCUACAUUCAUGUUUUUAUCUGUGUACAGUUGUGUAAGACUUUUUUCAAGUGCAUUAGAACUACUAUUGAACUUGUAUUGUGAACAUUUGAGGAGAGGUAAAAGGUCAUGUUGGUGGAGGUGUGUGCGUGUUAGGUACGGAGGCUUGGGUGUGCCGCUGGAAUAAUCAAAGAGAGACAGAGUCAGAGCUCCUGUGAUCAAUAUUGAUGCUAGAGCUACAAAAGUGAACAACACCAACAGUAUGAGGAUAACUUUUUUCUUAAAAGUUCAUACUAACAUCUGAAUGUUGAUGUCAAAUAAGAGAGAAAGGGCUUGUUUCCACUUGCUUCAAGCAUUUCAUGUUUACAGUAGAGAGAGCUUUAAAUACUGUACUUCUUAAUUCCUGGAAGACAAAAAAAAGUCAUCAGUUUUGUUCAGCUGCCAAUAAAAGAAAGAAGUUAUAAUGGUUUUCAGAGUGGAUCGGACCAGAGCAUCUCUUAUCUUUUUAAUUAUUUCACUGGCACACUUGAUCCUCCGUAUCCAACACUCCGUGCAGGGAGCCUCUUGGCGUCCCUGUCCCUGGUGCUCUUACUCCUAUUUCCUGUUUGUUUCUUUCCCCCCUAAAUCCAACAAGCUCAUGAUCAUCCUCACUGGUAACAAAUCACGAUAACCCCACUGGAGCACGCCCUCCAUCUGCCUCUGUGGAAGUCAGUCACUCACGCUUUAAAAAUGGAACGACUGAACAAACACCCCAUUAUCUUAUGGUUUUUCUUUCUUUUUUUUUUUGUACCUGGUAUAUUUUUCAGAUAAUAAUGUAUAUAGUGUAAAUUUACAAGUUAUGAAAGUCAUACAAAAGCAGGACUAGUACAGAAGAUGCAAUUUUGAAAAAAUACAGGCAAUGCCUGACUGUGGUUGCUCUGUCACACCAAUCCUGCAUUGCAGUUCAUAACAUCAAUAUGUUUAUUGUAUAGUUCUUGUAUAUACGUACGUGAAUGAAAGCUUUAAAUGUUAAUAUUUAUUGAAUUUUUAAGUGAUAUGAAGAAAAAAGUAAAAGACAUUUCAAAGAAACCUGUCCUCUGGGAUUUUGCUUUUCUCUGUGUCGUCUGCAUCCUCGCUCUUUGUUCCUGUUUUUAUCAUAAAUUCAAUGAAAGAAUUACCAAAUUACUUUCUCCACUUUUUAAAAUCUGAUUCAUGAAAAGACUCAAGCAUAACAGCCUUAUUCAAGUACUUUAUUACAUUUUCCAGUCCUACUCAGGGACAAUUACGCUCCAUCUUGUAUCAAUAAACUCUUCUUAUCA